CUCCUGUGUUUACAUCCCACAGAACCAAGGUGUGUCCACCCUUACAUAGACAUUUUUAAUUGCCCAGCCUGGAGUCCAAGACCACCCCCAGAAACAUCAUACAUCCAUCCAUCACAGAAGAGGUGUAGCCCAAGACCACCCCCCAGAUAUAUUAAAUAGUGGGUGGACAUAGCAGAUGACACAGAGAUUUCUCCAAGUAGUUCCUUAUAAGUAAGCUGGAACUGAACUGAACAGCAAACCGUUCAGCAGGCCUGCUUUUAUAGGCAGUCGACUGUCAACAUUGUAACAACAACAACAACCCAGGUUUUCCCGCCUAAAUUAACUGACGUGGACCUGAGUGAAAACUAUAUACACGAUACCCCUGGUGGCCAGGGUGAAAACUUCAAUACAUAACAAAAUGCAUCAUACCUACAUCACAGAAAAGGCAGUCUACAGCAGAAAUCUGAGUGCGUUGUUUAUCUCCUGUCUGGCAAGUUACCUGAUUGCAUUAUCUGGAUUUUGGCCACUCUUUUGUUAUUAUAACUACUUAAUUCCUGAAUCUAGGUCACAGGUCCACACCCUGUUCAUAUCUUGAAUGUGCCCUGAAGACAGGAUCUGUGAGGAAAGAGACAAUGGGGAGGUUUCCCACUUUGACCUGGCAGAGAAAUAUUUGAGGUCAAUUUGUUCAGGACCUAAUCUGUGGGGUUGCAGACAUGUGGUUUAUAUAUACAGUUAUGAACAUUUUUUUUAAUAUGACCUUAAAAUUCUUAUAACAAUAGCACUUUAAAUUUAUGGAGUGGAUGUGGCCUUGGAAAGUUGCUAGUACCAUAAGAUGUGCUGCCUCAUGAAGGGAUUUAUCUGAGCACAAUAAAAGAUUUUGGUUCUUUAGGGGCCUUUUCUCUAAGUGUCCUCCCUCCAAAACAAACAAACAAACAAACAAACAUCCAGUCCCCUUCUCUCUUUCUUUGAUCCUGAGAAUUUUGGUAGGCCAUUUUCACCCAGACCUACAAAAUAACCUUUGGAUGUGGAGUGUGACGCUUCCAUCUCCGUCCACAAGAUGGAACUGGGAGAGAGAAGAUCUGUGGGAUUCUCUCUGCUCAGUCAGAGGAGGAGAAGGAGGGAAUUGUGAGCGGCUCUUUAGAGCCUGGGAUUGUGUCAAGACAUUUCAGUGGCUUCUUUGAGACUGAUCAUGGCUGGGGUUAUCUGGUGUCUGGCUUUGGUUUGGCUGGGCCUGCAUCUGACCAUGGGGGCCAUGGAUUCAUGCUAUGAUGCCCAUGGACGGGCACAGCGCUGUAUGCCCAUCUUUGAGAAUGCCGCAUUUGGGAGGCGUGCGCAGGUGUCCAACACAUGUGGCUCCCCACCAGAGGAUUACUGUCUCCAGAUGGGAACACGAGACUCCACCACACUCUGCCACCGCUGUGAUGCCGGCAGCGAUGUGCUCCACCACAACGCCACCUACCUGACAGACUUCCAUAGCCAGGAAGAGCCCACGUGGUGGCAGAGCCAGUCCAUGGCCUUUGAGGUUCAGCACCCCAACUCAGUCAAUAUCACCCUUCACCUGGGUAAGUUAGAGUGACCUUGUUUUUCUCCCUUCUCCCCUCUCCCCUGCAAACUGCAGAAAUUAUUUUUUAAGAUGCAGCAGCCAAACGUUACAUUGAAAGCACAUUUUCACCUCCAAAAACUCCUGGGAACUGUUGUUUAUCCUUCACAGAGCUAGAACUCCCAGCACCCUUAAACUACUGUUCCCAAAUUUCUUGGGUGUGCGUGUGCUUUAAAUGAAUGAUGUGUACACAGCCUUAAUUCAGCAUCACAUGCAGGCACGCUGGCAGGAUGAAAUUCAGGGAUGAGUGGGGUGAUCUCUCCUACCUAUAUCUGAAAGGGUAAAACCCUCCUCAGCCACUUUCCCUUAUUGUUUUUAUCUGGGGGUCUCAGCAUUUAACCUUUUAUUUCUGUUAGGUUAGGGCAAUGGAAUUAUUUAGAAAAUCAACUUGCAAUAAGCUUCUAAAGUUUCUAUUUUAAUUCAAAUAAACUACCCCAUAUGUGCCCACUUGACAGCUGCAAUCAGUGGAACUGGCACUUUUAGAAUUGCCACAUAAUGUUCAUUCCGUGGCUGAAAGGAAUGGGAUCUUUUAAGGCCUCAUUUGCACUAUACAUUUCGUUGCGUUUCACACCACUUCAAACAGAAUCCUGGAAAAUGUAAAUUGUUAACAGAGCUGAGUUUUGUUAGGAAGCCCCCUUUUCCCUCCCAGAGCUACAAUUUCCAGAGUGGUUUAACAGCCAAGCCCUCUUCCCACGGAACUCUGGGAAUUGUAGCUCUGGGAGGGGAAUAGGGAGGUCUCCUAACAACACUCAGUACCCUUAAGAAACUACAGCUCCCGGGUUUAUUUGGCUUUUUAAAGCACUAUGAUACUCCUUGAAACCUGUAGUGCAAAUGAGGCUCUAGUUUAUGGAACUCCCUGCCUAUGGAUGUCAGAUAGGUAUCCUUGAAUGUUUUUAGCACCUGCUAAAGGUCUUUGGCGGUUCGAAUCCCGUUGCUCGGUCCCUGCUCCUGCAAACCUAGCAGUUCAAAAGCACGUCAAAGUGCAAGUAGAUAAAUAGGUACCGCUCCGGCGGGAAGGUAAACGGCGUUUCCGUGCGCUGCUCUGGUUCGCCAGAAGCGGCUUAGUCAUGCUGGCCACAUGACCCGGAAGCUGUACACCGGUUCCCUCGGCCAGUAAAGCAAGAUGAGCGCCGCAACCCCAGAGUCGGCCACGACUGGACCUAAUGGUCAGGGGUCCCUUUACCUUUACCCAGCCAUGUAGUUUUAUAACAAACAUUUGUUUUUAAAUCUGCUGACUUUGCCUAUAUUUUGAUCAUUUCAUUAUGUCAACUUAAUAAAUAUUUUAUACCAUCUUAUGUAAACCGCAUAGAAAUAAUGGGUGAUAGUCAACUAUUUUUUCCUCAGGGUAGACCUGUUAAAAUGUUCAUCUCUAUAGGUUUGCUCUGAGUAAAACAUCAUUGAAUACCAUCCAUUUGUUUGUUAUCAACGGGUUUGUAAAACACAUAUCUAUGCGUAGUACUGCGAUUAACAAAAUAGGUAUUUUAUAUUUUGGCUUCCACCUUCAUCAGAUACUCUGCUAAAAAAUGAAAUUAUAUUGUUUCCAAAGUGGCAGUUAUGGAGCUUUGAGGAUGGAACAUUCAGAUUGGCUUUGUUUGAUGAAGCAAAACGAUGUUGGUACUAUUCUCGAUAUUGAGGCCUGCUAACAUGUCCUGCAGUGUGUACAUGCAGAUAGACAGCUAUAGAUAUAGGAAGUGCUUUUAUGGGUGGGGAAAAAAAUGAGACACUGGUACUCAUAUGUUGAUAAAAGUGCCAUAGAUGCCAAUGCAAGAUCGCUGCCAUGAGCAAGAGGUUAGGGCCCUCUGUGGUGAAUAUCACCACCCAAAAAGCAUUGGAUAUAAACAUAUACGUAUCCAAUUUUAGUUUUAUUCAGAGCAGACCCAGAGGAAUUAAUGAACAUGACUAACAUAGGUCCGUUCAUUUUGGCAGGUUUACUAUAAGCAAAGCUGAAUUAGAUACAAUCUCUUGCAUUUAAUAUUUUGAAUAGCACAGCUGGAAACACUGGUAGAUUUUAGAUACUGGCAAAUAUUCAUAUAGGCUCUAUUUCUGUUUUGGAAUGCAUGUGUUCAUGUUGCAAAAUGUGAACAUUGGAAGAGCUUGUGGUAUGGUACCAGUGACCCAUCUAGUGCACUAUCCUGUUCUCACAGUAGCCAACCAGACGUCUCUGGGAAGCCUGCAGCCAGAACACUAAUUUCACUUGCGAUUCCCAGCACUUAUGAUUCAGAGACAUAUUGUAUAAAGACUAAGGUCUUAGAAGUAAACUAUAGAUAAUAUUGUAGAGAUUAAGUCCUAAACCAUAUUUUAACUGCUGCCACAACUGUUUUGUUUAUUGUUAUAUUGAUUGUUAACUUAAACUUACUUUUAUUGUGUUUCUGAUUUGUUUAGUACAGUAUGUGAGUCCGGUCUGGGACCGUAAUAAAUUCAAUUCAAAUUCAGAGGCAUAUUGCUUCCACCUGUGACAGUGGACAAUAGUCAGCCUGAAAAAUUAGCAAGUAAUUGAAGUGCUCCUUAAAAUAAUUGUUGUUGUUGUUGUUGCAACUGAAGUGCUCCGUAAAAGAAUAACUGUUGCUGCUGUUGUUGUUAAUUUAUAUACCAGCUUAUUCCCUGACAGGGAUUCAAGGUGGCCUACAAAUAAAAAAGAGCUAAAAAAAUGUGUGUGGUCCAAAAGAAUUCUAGUGAAAAAGCUUGAAAAAUAGCAAUAAUCAAUCAAAUAUAAGCCCACUGUUAUAUACUGAGCUAAUGGCUUAUCUCCGACAAAAUAAUAAUUCCUCUCUGCUAAGAUGAACCUGUGCUGCCCUCCCUCCACACAUUACUAGACUCCAGCUCCCAUCAGCCCCAGACAGCAUGGCCAACAGUCAGGGAUGACGGACACUAAAGUCCAGUAACAUCUGGAGGUCCACAGGUUCCCUGUUACUGUGCUAAGGUCUUACCACCUUUCCCAAUAUUAACUGAGUUGUAUAUAUUGCUAUUUCUGGGAUACUAGAAUUUGUUAGUGAAUGUUAGCAAUAAAUGAAUAUUGGGCAUAUUGAAGGGAAGAUAACCGCUGCAGCAAUUCCCCUGAAAAGUGCCACACAUGGAAAUUCCUGGGUUUAGCCUAAGCAAACUAGUCUGGCUGGGUUGGUUGAAUGUAAACCAUUAUGAAACCAGGGCCAGGCAUCCACACAUCAAAGAAGGUGUCUGGGUCUGCACAAAACAGGGGUUGCAAAGGUAAUGGGGAGGGGCCUGAAUAGCAGUUGGCAUCCAUCUGUCUCGAGAGACAAUGGAGUGUACCUCCAGGGAUGAAGUCAAAUGGCUGUGUUAGCAGCACUGAAGUGACCUCCCUGGGGUGCAAGCCUGGGCAGUGUGUAUUGAGGUCCUGAACUGCCUAGAUGAGAAGACCACCCUCUUAAAGGUAAAGGGACCCCUGACCAUUAGGUCCAGUCGUGGCUGACUCUGGGGUUGCGGCACUCAUCUCACUUUAUUGGCCGAGGGAGCCAGCGUACAGCUUCCGGGUCAUGUGGCCAGCAUGACUAAGCCGCUUCUGGCGAACCAGAGCCGUUUACCUUCCCGCCGGAGCGGUACCUAUUUAUCUACUUGCACUUUGAUGUGCUUCCGAACUGCUACGUUGGCAGGAGCAGGGACCGAGCAACGGGAGCUCACCCCGUCGCAGGGAUUCGAACUGCCAACCUUCUGAUCGGCAAGCCCUAGGCUCUGUGGUUUAACCCACAGCGCCACCCGCGUCCCUAACCACCCUCUUAGCCUUGCCCUAAUGCCAUACAAGAAUAUAGAAGAAGGGUGGGGGGAGCUGACAGGAGGUGUUGCAAUUGGCUAUGUAUUCUGGGAAGGUGAAGAAGAAAAAAGAGAGAACACCAUCCAGGAGCAGGAGGGCAUCAGCUAUUAGGACUGGCUGGGGAGCAAGAACAAAGGUGUGGUGCUUAGGAUGGCUCUGUCUGCAGUGCUGGGCUGCUAUGAGAGCCAGUGUGGUGUAGUGGUUAAGAGCGGUAGUCUCGUAAUCUGGGGAACCGGGUUUGCGUCUCCGCUCCUCCACAUGCAGCUGCUGGGUGACCUUGGGCCAGUCAUACUUCUUUGAAGUCUCUCAGCCCCACUCACCUCACAGAGUGUUUGUUGUGGGGGAGGAAGGGAAAGGAGAAUGUUAGCCGCUUUGAGACUCCUUAAAAGGGAGUGAAAGGCGGGAGAUCAAAUCCAAACUCUUCCUCUUCUUCUUCUUCUUCUUCUUCUUCUUCUUCUUCUUCUAUGAAGGACAAAUGUCUCUUGAGAUGACAAUGCUGUAAGAUCUACACCCCCUUAAUCUAAACUCAGGUGUAAAGAUAAAAGUAAAAGGACCCCUGACCAUUAGGUCCAGUCAUGGCCAGCUCUGGGGUUGCGGCACACAUCUCGCUUUACUGGCCAAGGGAGCCGGUAUACAGCUUCUGGGUCAUGUGGCCAGCAUGACUAAGCUGCUUCUGGCGAACCAGAACAGCGCACGGAAACUGUUCCGGGCUGCUGAGACUGCCGCUGCUGCGUUUCCCGGGGACAUUUGAUGAAAUCCGGGGACAUUCUAGGGAUGGAAUUUUCCGGGGACUUAUUCACAAAUCUGGGGACUGUCCCCGGGAAACAGGGACAUCUGGUAACGCUAAUUAUAACUCCCACAUAAGUGGGGGGAUGACUGUAUAGUUACUAUAUAUUUGGUAACUAUAGCAAUAGCAACACACAUACCAUCUUGGUGCCUCGCUAGCUUUGAGCAAUUUCAUUAUAUCCUUAUAUCCUGUUGCCCUCCCAAAUCUUGGCUCCAUUGCAAUUAUGGAAUGAUCUCUGAUGACUGCUAAACAAAUAAGCAGUAACUGCUCUAGCCUGAAUCUCUGAGGACAAAUUUUUAUGUGUGUGUCUAUUUAGCAUGGUCUAGAUGGCAAAACUGGAGGGGGUGGGUGGAGGGUUGGAGGUUCAAGCGACGGCCAUCGAGUCCCAAGAGAAGAGAGGCCCUUCAGGCCAAGAGAGUUUGGAACAGUCUGCUUCUGAAAGAGGUCACUCCUUUCCCAACCCCCUGUGAACGCGCCCACAUCUGUUACAAAUUGACAGGAUGUUUGGACUGGCCAUUCUACUUAGGAUGAAAGUAGCUGGCCUAGCUCCAGUCUCUGACACCUCUGUUAAACCAGACUUUCCCCCGCUUGACCCAGUACUGUGUUUCAAGGAAAAGACAAUAUGUGUUUUAGAGACAGCUUCUCUAAAAGCCCUUGGACAUGACAUGAUAUGGGAGGACGGGGACAGGAAUGUGACUAUAGUCAUACCUCGGGUUGAAUACGCUUCGAGUUGAGCGUGUUUGAGUUGCGCUCCGCGGCAACCCGGAAGUAAUGGAGCGCAUUACUUCCGGGUUUCGCCACUUGCGCACGCGCAGACGCUCAAAAUGACGUCACACGCAUGCGCAGAAGCGGCAAAAAGCAACAUGCGCGUGUGCAGAUGUGCCGUCGCUAGUUAUGUUUGCUUCUAGAUGUGAACGGGGCUCCGGAAUGGAUCCGUUCAUAUUUAGAGGUACCACUGUACUAGGAACAAGAUGGUGUCCACUGAAGCAGAACUUGGUUGUCAUUUGUUUCUGUUACUCCUCCCUCACAGAAAAUCUGUUCCCAGAGGCCACAUUUACACCAUACAUUUAAAGCACUAUGAUACCGCUUUAAACAGAAACAGCUUCCCCAAAAAGAUUACGUGAACUAUAGUUUGUUAAAAGUGCUGAGAAUCUUAAGGUGACCCCUGUUCCCCUCACAGAGUUAGAAUUUCCCUGUGAAAAGGGAUUGACUGUUAAACCACUCAGGGAAUUGUAGCAGCAAAUUGUUUGGGCUUGCCCUGGAGGAACCUGUGGCCCUCAGAGUGUUGCUUGCUUCCAACUCCCAUGAGCUCCCACCAACAUGGUCAAUGGUGAGGGAUGAUAGGAGUUAUAGCCUGGCAACAUCUUAGUGUAGGAAUGUAGGCAAUCUAUGAUAGAUUGCAAUUCCCGCAGGCUCUGUUGGAGGUGGGAGAAGUACACAUUGUCCUAGCUGAAGAACAACACAUUUUCCGGCAACCGGAGCAAAUUGCAGUUGAGUCUAACAGUGGCAAAGUAAAUACCAUUGCUAUUUUUAAACAGGAUGUUGAAAACUCACCCAAACACACUACCACCUCCACAGAGGAAAGCUGGCACCUCUAUCCCCUGCUCAUAGGCUUCUCAGAGUCAUCUGUGUGACACUGAACUGAUACGAGGAUGCUGAAUUCGAUGGCGGGAUCCAGACCAGCAAAAAAUCCUUACGUUCUUCUGAAGGAAUCAUUAAUAUAUUGUCAUUAAUAAACAGUAGUAUUUAGAUAAUAUUUGGAGUAUUGAAGGGGAGAUUCCAGGCCAAUGGAAAAAUACAGGCUAAGCUCUUUUUCCAGGUCAGGGCCUCACCCGGGAUAGAGGCAGUUGACAAGAAGUGUUGAUGGCCCAUCCCUGAGAACACCUUGGGUCUGUGGUUACUGGGGCAGAGAAAGGUUUGGGAUUGAAAAUAAGAGAGGAGGCAGACUGUGCUGUGAGAUCUGCACCUCCUUCAUCUAAACUCAGCUGUAAAUAUGUGUAUUUAUGUGGGGGUUACAUUCUGAACCUCCGUAUGCAUACGUGAAAUCGCAUAAAAUGGGGAGCACCUGGAGAGUCCUCCGGCUCCCGAGAAGACCAUCCCAGAGCCCGCAGAGGACAAGCCAGUGGCUUGCAGUUGCUACUGCUCUACCCCCCACAUCAGCUGUUAGGUAGGAAGUCUCAGCAAAGCCCUGCUGUGGCACUGGCUCCUGAAGAGACCCUCCCCAGCACCCUAAGAGGCCCUCUUUGGGCUCUGGAGAAAGUCUCUUCAUGAGCCAAGAGGACCUUUCAGGGUGCAAUUACAGGAUUCACUUCCAGAAUUCUGGCACCGCAUAUGUGCACAGUCACAUGCAAACAGUGCAUGUGUAGAUGGGAACUUGCCUGUAAUUAAGCCAUAUUUCUUAAAGACACUACAGCCUCCACCACAUCUUGAUUCUCAACAGAAACACAACCCUAGAUGAGAGCCUGAAGCCCACUGUAAUUGUGUGUACCUCUCAGCAGAGAUUGGGGUCUUCCCUUCAAUGUUCCAAAUAUUAUCUAAAUACUACCGUUAAUUAAUUUCCACCAUUCACUAACAUACUGUGGUCCUCUAGAUCUAUUUCAAAAUUCAGCUGCUAACCAUGAGAGCUAAGGAUCAAACUUUGGAAGCAGAAUGCGUCUAAAUACUAGAUGCUGAGGGGUGGGGACACAAUAUUUGUUUUAAAUAUUAACAGCAGCCUUGUUGCUCAGAAAUCCCAACAAACUCCUUCCAAUCAGUUCUGUUUUGAAAUCUGUGGUUAAAAUCAGUGCAGUUUUGAGGACCACCUGCUUCUUUUUCUGCAUGAGUCACUGUUCUUGUUGGGCUCAGAAAAUUGACUCAUGCAGAGACAUAAUUCCACUGCAUGAGUGGAUCAGGAAUCCAUCAAGCGGGUCUGAUUGUGCAUCUUGAAGGAGGAGGACACUAGUCCCAAGCAUGGGCCAACUGAAAGAACAGUGAAAAACCAUGUAGUAGGGCAGUGGAAUCACCUCCUCAGUGACUUAAUGCUUAGCACCAGCGUUUUUCUUCUAGAAAAAGAGGUACUGGUACUGCAUACCCUUCAGUAUCUCCAGAAAAAAACUCACUCCUUAGCGCUCACAAGAGCCUUCAAUUGCUCAUUGUUUUUGAUGCAGAAACGCCUACAACAGACAUCUCCCCCUCAUCUGUUCCAGGGUUACUUGCCAAUCCCCUACCCUGCCCAAGUGAGGGGCACAGAAAGUCUGUUGGUGGAUUCAAAAUCUCAUCUUUUACUUGCUAAUCAAUGACAGAUGCUGAUGUCUACCCUUGCAGUAGCCGUUGGAUAACUCAACACAUGCCUGCAAGGUUCUUGCAUUGUCCCAGCUCCUUCACAGACAUUUUUCAUAUGGGUGCAAUUAAGUGUUUGUUUUCCCCACCCCUUAGUCCCAGAAUAAUUGCCAUUUCUCAACAUUUUGGAUUCAUUAGGGUCUCAAAAGAGGCUAGCUGAUUGUGCCGUCUUUUUUCAUCGCAAAUAAUUUUGCAGCGGGGAAGUGGCUCUUCACUGGUUGCAUUCUUUCCCUUGUGGCUGACAAAAGAUUUGGUGGUUGUUGUCUUUUUUUAAAAAAAUAAAAAAAUAAAAAAUAUGAUUGCUGGAUGAAGGAACUGAGAAAGCCUGUUUCUGCUCACCACAAGGGGAAACAGACACUGUGUCACCUUCUUUCCAACCCAAAAAAUGGCUAGCAGUGCACAUGUUGAUCUAAUUCUUGAGGACUAUUUGCGGCAGGCUGGCGUCACUGUGCAGCACCCUCAGGCUCUGACGCAGUCCCUUGAAAGGUCACUGAAACUUAGAGGGGGAAAUGUCUGUCCCUGAAAGGAAAAGUGAAGUGGAUAGGUAGCAGGGCAACUUAGAGGUCCCCGCGAACCAACAGUGGUGAAUGAAAGGAAUUAGUGGUUGAGCUGCGACCUGGCGUCGGUAGCUUUGGCCUUUCACCCGCCGCUAUAUGUUGUUGUUGUUGUUUAGUCGUUUAGUCAUGUCCGACUCCUCGUGACCCCAUGGACCAGAGCAAGCCAGGCACUCCAGGCACUCCAUACUUCCCACCAAAUAUUUUCCACUGAAAGAAUAAGGCCCCACUCUGCACUAUACAUUUAAAGCACUAUAGUAUCACUUUAAACCAUGGGUAGGCGAACUAAGGCCUGGGGGCCGGAUCCUGGCCCAAUCGCCUUCUAAAUCCGGCCCACAGACGGUCUGGGAAUCAGCGUGUUUUUACAUGAGUAGAAUGUAUCCUUUUAUUUAAAAUGCAUCUCUGGGCUAUUUGUGGGGCCUGCCUGGUGUUUUUACAUGAGUAGAAUGUUUGCUUUUACAGUGGUACCUUGGGUUACAUACAGUUCAGGUUACAUAUGCUUCAGGUUACAGACUCUGCUAACCCAGAAAUAGUACCUCGGGUUAAGAACUUUGCUUCAGGAUGAGAACAGAAAUCGUGCUCCGGGGGCGUGGCGGCAGCAGGAGGCCCCAUUAGCUUAAGUGGUGCUUCAAGUUAAGAACAGUUUCAGGUUAAGAACAGACCUCUGGAACGAAUUAAGUACAUAACCCGAGGUACCACUGUAUUUAAAAUGCAUCUCUGGGUUAUUUGUGGGGCAUAGGAAUUCGUUCAUACUUUCCCCAAAAAAUAUAGUCCGCUCCCCCCCCCCCCCAAGGUCUGAGGGACAGUGGGCCGACCCCCUGCUGAAAAAGUUUGCUGACCCUUGCUUUAAACUAUGGGUUGGCAAACUAAGGCCCGGGCCAAAUCCAGCCCAAUCGCCUUCUAAAUCCGGCCCAUGGACGGUCCUGGAAUCAGCAUGUUUUUACAUGAGUAGAAUGUGCGCUUUUAUUUAAAAUGCAUCUCUGGGUUUUUUGUGGGGCAUGGGAAUUGGUUCAUUCCCCCCCCCCCCAAAAAAAAAUAUAGUGUGGCCCCCCACAAGGUCUGAGGGACAGCAGACUGGCCCACCGCUGAAAACGUUUGCUGACCCCUGCUUUAAACAGCCAUGGCUUCCUCCCACCCACCAAAUAUUCCUGGGAACUGUAGCUUGUUCUGUGUGGUGAGAGUUGUUAGAAGAACGCUACUCCUCUCAAAGCUACAAUUCCUAGAGUUCCCUGUGAAGAUGGAUUGGGUUUUGAUACCCAGAACAUAAAGUCAAUUCACAUGAGGUGACAGUAAGACCUCUGAAGCCCAGCCAGCAGUACCCCACAUUAACAGGAACAAGCAUUCUACAACAUACCAAAGAAUCCUCUGGGAAGUUCUGAGUUUCCUGAGCAGAUGAACUGAUGCGGGCAAGGGUGUAACUAUUUUUUGUUUUUGUUGUUUUAAACCCACUGAUUGCUAUAACUGCAUUAUGGCCCUUACUGGUUUAAUCCGUUCCAGCUGCUUUUUCCAUCUUUUGCUGGCACGGAACAGCCCUGAUGCCACUGCGCCACGAUGCUUUCUGUGGAUGAAAGACCUUUGCUUGUUGAUUUAGGGCAGAAGAAGGAGAAGAAGAAAUAAACAUUCACAUUUAGAUCCAAGAGAUAGCGGGGAAAGUGGAACUCUCUGUGUUUUAUUCCGAGAACACUAGAUGGUCCUGCCGAGACAUAGGGAUGCAGGAGAAAAUUGAUUCAGUUCACAGUUAAAGGCAAACUGGCCAUAAUUUGUACUAACCGUAACUUAGCCAUCCUUCAAAAUGCUCAAAAUCUUGCAUUGCAGUUCUCAAACCAAGUUAUGGACACAAAAAACCGUAAGUGAGGGUCAUGUGUGCAGGAAAAUGCAUAGAUUAGUAAAAAUAUAUUUUUAAAAUGCAUUAUUUUAAGGGAAAUUUAUUGCAAAAGUGUGUACAUUAGGCAAAAUUGUAUACAGACAAGUGUAUUAGGAAAUUUUCUCACUAAGAUGCUGGUGAAUUUUCAUGGGGACUUGUUAAAAAAAAGAUAUUCACAAAAUGAUGUGGAAAUGUGGAGAAAUGAGUUUAAGACUAGAAAAACAAGAAACUGAAAUUGACAGAUUCUCCUAUCCCCAGCUGAUAGGUUUUCCAGGAAAGGAAUGAGCAGAAUGUUUAUAAGCAAGGUAAUGUUUUUUUUUAGAAGAGACAAUAGGGCACAUCAACAAAAAGGUUGUAGCAUGGAGUGUUCCCUGUUCAGGGACAGGGUGAUGACUGGCCAAAUAACAAAUCUCCCCUAGGGAUGAGGAGAAAUUAUCACUUUAACAAAAAGAGCCCAUCCGAAGAUAACAGUGAUUAAAGUGGAGCACUUAAGAAUACUUGACCAUUCUUUAUUUUCUCCCCUUUUAGGAAAAUCUUAUGAAAUCACCUACGUGAGGUUGAAAUUUCACACCAGCCGCCCAGAGAGCUUUGCCAUCUAUAAGCGGAGCCAUUCUAACAGCCCCUGGAUCCCUUACCAGUAUUACAGCGCCUCGUGUGAGAAGACAUAUAGGAAGCCAGAAGGACAGUUCUUGCGACCUGGCCAAGAUGAGCGGGUGGCACUCUGUACAGACGAGUUCAGCGACAUUUCCCCACUGAGUGGGGGAAAUGUGGCCUUCUCCACCCUUGAAGGCCGGCCUAGUGCCUACAGCUUUGACCAGAGUCCCAUUCUCCAGGUACAAAUCUCUGGGUGGGUGGUCCCUUAACACAAGAACAACGGCCUGGUAGUAUAAUCAGGAAACACUGAAGAACAAACUACAGUGGUACCUCGGGUUACAGACGCUUCAGGUUACAGUCGCUUCAGGUUACAGACUCCGCUAACCCAGAAAUAGUACCUCGGGUUAAGAACUUUGCUUCAGGAUGAGAACAGAAAUUGGGCGGCAGCGGUGCGGUGGCAGUGGGAGGCCCCAUUAGUUAAAGUGGUACUGAAGGAGGAGAGGACAGGUUAAGAUACCCUAAAACCUGUGUAGUCACGCCCCCCCCCCCAACCAGGCAGGCCUCAAGCCUCAAGACUUUUCAAAAUUACUUUCUCACUCCCACUUCCCUCCCCCAGGCACAAUGCUCUUCCCACCCGUCGAAAAGGCCUGAAAAGGCUACAGUACCUCAAGUUAAGAACAGUUUCAGGUUAAGAACAGACCUCCAGAACGAAUUAAGUUCUUAACCCGAGGUACCACUGUAGAAUAAAUCCACCAGAAAGGCACUAUGAUUUUGUGAAGAACAUGUUGCAGAAUUUGCCUGCAAUAAAAGACCAGCCUGGAGGGGCCUGGCAUCUGGAAGGCCACAGGUUCCCCAAUCUUGGAACUGUGUUUCAGUUUAACCUCACCCACCCAUGCAGGCAGGGUGAGGCAUAACAAGAAGGUGCCGGCCUACCAGUGCAGCUCCUCACAAACCUCCCUUACCUUGGUCAGGCAGCAGUGUCUGUAGUGUGGAUGGUGGUUUCCAGCAAGAUUUUGCGGUAUACAGGAGUUAUUGCGAGAUUUUGGUGAGAUCUUGAGAGACCUUGCCAGAACCUGCUACUGCCACUUUAGGCUCUCUUUAGGUUCUGCUGCCUGAAGUGGCUGCCUCAGUCAGCCCCAUAGGUGGACCGGCCCUGCACCUAGGAAGUCCGUUGGUUUCAGUUGGCCACAGCAGUUGUUUUCAGUCAGUGUGCCAUGGCAACCUGGGUGCCUUGAACAAUGCUCAGUUGCCGUGAGCAACACUGGCUUCUGUUCCUCCCCCCCCCCCAUGCCCUCUCACAUCUCUGUCUCCCAAAGACUUUCACAGCUGUUUGUUUCAUCCCCAGCCACAUGCUCCCCUGGCAAAUGGUACCUCUGGGGCUGGCCAGGGGGUACUGGUUGCCAGGAGCUAAGGUGACCUUGGAGUAAGCAAGCAAGCAAGCGUUUGCUGUGUGCAAGGCCUGCCUGGGAGCUGAGUGCCUGGUGCUGAAGGGGAGCCUUUCUGCCAUACAGGCCUGGCAGUGCCUGCUGCUGCCAUUGCUGUCUCCCAAGGUACUGGCCUCACAUUCACCUUUGGCCAGUCUCUGUUGGGCCACUAAGGCUGGGGGCAUCCUUGUCCCAGGCCCCUGUGGGGCAACGUGAGGAGGCACCUCUUUUGGGUACAGGAGGGGUAGCAGCUGUCCAGGGGACUCCCAAGAAGAGGGGAGAGGAGAGGAGGCUGAGGGAACACUCCAAAGGGAAAGUGUUUGAAAAGGGGUGAGUGGUUGCUGGCUCUGCAGGUAAGGGGUGACAUAACUGGGCUCAUAAGCCCCACAGGGGUGUCACAGAAAGAAUGUAAUUGGUCACGGGUGCUGUGGACUCAAAAAGGUUGUUAACCUCUGGGGUACAGUCCAUUGGGACUGGUAGGGGGGAAGGCAGGGAGACCAACAGUAGGUGGAGCCGGAGAGCCAGUGGCAAGCAAAGCCAGCCCAUUAUAGUUUUGUCCCUGUCCUCCUCCCUGGUGAGUGCUGAGACUAAGCAGAAUGGAACUGAAAUAAAAAAAAAAUUAAAAAAAUGUCCAGUAGUUGGUCUCUCAGGUGCAACUGGACAAUUUUUUAAUUUUUAUUUUUUUAUUUCGACUGUGUCAGACCAACAUGGCUGCCUCCCUGAAUCCAGAAUGGAACUGACAGCCACUGACACCUUCUAAAUGGUUUGUUCAAGAAAUAUAGCCCACGAAGGAAUGUGGCCUUUGAACUCUAAAAAUCCUCUGCCCUUCUGCUCUUGAUCAAUCAGAUGUCCUGUACCCCUACUAUUUGCUUACUUUCUCACUUACUAUAAUUAAUUUCUUCAUCCAAGGAUCACAGGGAAGUUUGCAAUAUAAAAACACAAAAAUAUAUAAAAUAGUAACAAAAACUGUUAUGUACUAAGCUUGGAUCCUAGAAAAUAGACAAGUAGGAUCCUGGAAUGCAACAACUGAUUGGCCUGCAGGAAAAGACCAAUCAGACUCCAGGAGGGAAGCAGAAUCAGCCAAUCAGACAGGACUCAUUGUGUAAAUAAUGUAUAUAAAAACCUGAGGUUUGGGGGGCAAUUGAAUCACUGUUUUACAAGCUGCAAUAAAGAGCAUGAAAUCACUACAGGACUCAAGAGUAUAUUUCCAAAACAAUACCCCCAUCUGCUGUUCUUGUCUCCACCCUUCAAAGUCCCAGGCUCCUCCCCUUCUCUUAGACUCUGAGCCUUUGCAAACAUUCGUUUUGGCCAGUGCUUUUCCCUCUAGGAGGUACUUAAGGGUACACAGUACCGGCAUGUCUUCUUCUUGUUUUUGUUAAAAAGUGUGGCACUUACUGUAACAACUUCAUGGUGAGUACCAACACCUAUUUUUUAUAGGAAAAAGCAUACAUUUCGGUCCCAGUGGAUUGUCAAUACUGAUCCUGUGUAAUUCUGUAGGAGUGGGUGACCGGGACGGAUUUGAAGAUUUCUUUGGACCGGCUAAAUACCUUUGGGGAUGACAUCUUCAAGGAUCCCAAGGUGCUGCAGUCUUACUACUAUGCCAUCUCAGACUUCUCCGUAGGGGGCAGGUAAGAUGGGAUGGGUGGGCGGAAAGAGGAAAAGGACAAUCAUAAAGGGUAGUUUUUUAUUGGGAAGGGGUGAUUGCUCUCACCUGGGAAAAAGGAAAGUGUUGCCAACCUUAAAUCAUGACUUCCUGCUGUCUUACGAAUCCCCGCUUCUUAAGACUCAAGUGUAAAAUCCUAACCCAAGGACCACUACCCUUUUUUGGGGCAUGAGGGGUAACCACAUCUGGAAAUCAAAGAAAUUCUCCUGGGUCCCAGCAAAUGGCUAUUUUACAAUUUCCUGGAGAUAACAGGAAUUGAACCUGGGACCUUCUGCAUGCAAAUCAUGCUUUACUGCAGCUCAGACAGUGUUUCAAAUGAGGCCGGAUAAGGAUUGCUGAUUAAAGAAGCAAAACAUGUGUCCUUUGGGUGGAGGGAGGGAUAAAUAGGGGUGGGGAAAUCAUGGUCCCAAAUGUUUCCCCAUUCUACCACCCCCGUUCCUGGUUUUCUUUCUGCCCAUUUCUGCUGCAGUGUUAAGAAAACACACUAGAGAAAAAGGAGGAUGGGAGGGUGGUCUUAUGAAAGCAAGGCAAGGACCACACUGGCUUUAUCUGUCUUGAGUCUUUCUCCCAAGCAGCUGGGAUUUGUUUUCUUCUGAACAGGCCACCCUCAGAGACUCCAAGCACAGCGAGUCCUGGGUUUAGGGGUCAGGGAUAAGCCCUGGAUAAAAGAGGUGAAGGGUGCUAUGGAUUUGAUUUGUGUUCUAUCUCUCAAACUUUGCUUAGCAUAUGUGUUCCCUUGAGGAGAAGAAUGUAUUUUCCUCAUUUUCAACAAAGGCGCAUUCAGGACAGACGAGGGGUCUGGAGCGCAGAGAAUGUUGUUGGGUUUGUUUUUGUUUUAAAUAGCCUACCCUGCUUUGGAGAAGUUCCUAACUGAAGAGGUGAAUAAUACUGAAAGGGUCAGUUGUCCAUGUUUGGGUCUCUCCUAGGUGCAAGUGUAAUGGCCAUGCUAGUGAAUGCAUCCCAAAUGAAGAGGAUCAGUUGGUUUGCCUCUGCCAGCACAACACCACUGGGGUAGACUGCGAGUUGUGCCAGACGUUUUAUCAGGACCGCCCGUGGGCACGGGGCACCGCUGAGGCUGCCAACGAGUGUCUCCGUAAGUGGCAUGUUGGAGUCUGGCAACUGUGGUCAUUUCCAGCAUAAGGAAUAGCCUCAGAGCAGAAGGACCACCUAUAGUUCCGGGUUCCUUUCCCCCUCGGAAAAUUUAUUUCAGUGGGUCAACUCUUGAGUAUGUUGGAGAGCACCCAUUAUUAUUAUUAUUAUUAUUAUUAUUAAUCUACAGUGCAAUCAGGAUACCGUAAGCAAAAAUAAAACAGAGAAGUCUCUGCCCCCAAGGCAAUAAAAGUUAAGACAACAAGUUUUGGCAAAACGAUCUUGUGUUUGUUUGGGUUUUUUUGUGCCCAGCAUGCAACUGUAGCGGCCAAUCAGAAGAGUGCUUUUAUGACUGGGAGUUAUACCGACGCACUGGGCACGGUGGCCACUGCCGAAAUUGCCAGGACAACACGGACGGCCCGCACUGUGAGCGCUGCCGCCAGAAUUUCUACCGCUGGGAUACCCAGGCGGCAUGCCAGCCCUGCAGCUGCAACCCAGCAGGUAGGCAGAUUGGGGAGGCAGUAUGAAGGGUAGUGGGGCAGGAAGGGGGAAGUGACAUAAAACUCCUAGCUAUCUUCUUUGACUGGUAGCACAUGAAUAUAUAUAGAGAGAGGGGGAGAGAGAGAGAGUUUUUAAUACAUGAUUGUUCACAACAGAGACUCCACCCACAUAUUAUUAUGCCACUUUAAACAGCCAUGGCUCUCCCCUCCCCCCCAAGCAUCCUUUGUUCAGGGAGGUGAGAGUUGUUAGGAAACCCACCAUUCCCCUCACAGAGCUAAAAUUCUCAGAGUGGUUUAGCAAUCAGCUGCUCUCCCCAGCUUCCUCCCUGGCAUCUCCAGGUGGGGCUGGAAAUGCCCUUGCCUGAAACCCUGGAAGAAGAAGAAGAAGAAGAAGAAGAAGAAGAAGAAGAAGAAGAAGAAGAAGAAGAGUAGUAGUAGUAGUAGUAGUAGUUUGGAUUUGAUAUCCCGCUUUAUCACUACCCUAAGGAGUCUCAAAGCGGCUAACAUUCUCCUUUCCCUUCCUCCUCCACAACAAACACUCUGUGAGGUGAGUGAGGCUGAGAGACUUCACAGAAGUGUGACUGGCCCAAGGUCACCCAGCAGCUGCAUGUGGAGAAGCAGGGAAGCGAACCCGGUUCACCAGAUUACGAGUCAACUGCUCUUAACCACUACACCACAAUGGAGAGCUACUGCCAGUCAAUGUAGAUAAUCCUGAGCUAUAUGGAGCCAAUGGUCUGACUCAGUAUAAAUCGGAUUCCUCAGUUCCUUUGUUGACACUUCAUAUCUUCCCAGGUUCCUUGAAUCCCCAGUGUGACAGCUCAGGGGCCUGUGAAUGCAAAGCAACGGUGACAGGCUGGAAGUGUGAGCGUUGCCGAGAUGGAUUCCAUUCCCUCAGUGAAGGCGGGUGCAGGUGAGAGGAGGAGGAAUAGUAUCCCCCUGGAACUGUGGCAGGGGCAGGACUAGCUCUACCGUUAGGCAAAGUGAGGUGGCCACUUCAGGUCGUAGAAGCUGGGAUUCCUCCUGGGCCCCAAGCCAUUGUAACUCUUCAGCAUACUCCUCUCCACCUGUUCCCGUUCUUCUGAGCUGAUGCUAGGAAUGGUGAAGAAAUUAAAUUUUGUUUGCAUUUCAGUGGGAAGGUGCACUUCUCAAAUCAAUACACAAAGCGAAACAUGGCUACCUUCCAAAAUUAACUUCUCAGAGUGUUUUGAUUUGAUUCUCCAACCAAAGUGCAUGUAUUAGGAAAAUAUGCACAUAAAAAUGCAUUUACGGGGGCAAAAUAACAUACAAAGUGCACUACAUUAGAAGAAAUUGCUUGCAAAAAUGCAUAUGUUAACCUACACUGCAUAUAAAAAUGUGUUUAUUAGGAGGAAUUCACACAAGAUGCUAACAAAUUUCUUGACUGUUUUUACAUAUACUAGGGGCUGUGCCCUUGUUCACUCCUGUCACCAGCCCUCCUGCCAUUCCACCCACAUUGACCCCCUAGAACUGCGCCUUCCCUCUCCAUGCAAUUUUGAAUCCUCUAAUGGGGAUUAUGUAAUGACAGUCUUACAUUUUUAUGUACCGUAUUUUUCGUCCUAUAGGACGCACCUAGUUUUUUGGGGGGGAAAUAAAGGAAAUUCCCCCCCUUUAUUUCCCCCCCAAAACCAGGUCGGGGAAACCGAACCAGGUCGAGGAACAGCAGGAUAGCGGCGCUGCGCCUCCUUGCUGUCCCCCGAGCUUGUGGGGCUGGCCGAUGUCUGCCCGGCGUGCGGGGUGCUCUGCUUCAGGGCGCCCCUCACGCCGGGCGGCAGGCUGCUAUCCGCAGCCUAGACAGCCCUGCGGGAACUCCCGCAGGGCUGCCGAGGCUGCGGAUGUGUUCCCGAAGCGCUGAGCGCUCUGCUUUCAGCGCACCCGGCGCUCCGGGAAGCAGGCUGCUAUCCGCAGCCUAGACAGCCCUGCAGGAACUCCCGCAGGGCUGCCUAGGCUGCGGAUGUGUUCCUGAAGCCUGGAGAGCGAGAGGGGUCAGUGCGCACCGACCCCUCUCGCUCUCCAAGCUUCAGUGAAAGCCUGCAUUCGCCCCAUAGGACGCACCCAGAUUUCCCCUUCAUUUUUGGAGGGGGAAAAGUGUGUCCUAUAGGGCGAAAAAUACGGUAUAUAGGAAGAUAUAAAACCUAUAAUUGCUGCAGAAUUGUGGAUAACUGAAUUUAAGAUGGGGGGGGGAGGGAGAAACCAAAACUGACACAUUUGUCCAUCCCUAGCGGGCAGCAAUGCUUUCUUGUUGCAGGGUUGGCUGCCUCGCCUAGUUCCCUUCUUUCAACACUUCUCAGACAUUGUCUGGGAAAGUUCCCUUACUGAGAGAGCAGGCAAAGAGGCAGCCAGGCCAGGCCACACACCCCAGCAGCCACGAUGCAUGUGGAUACCUUGCUCUGGUCACAUCGCACAUGCUGGAACUGGCGCUGCUGUACUGCAGCCUUCGUUUGAGUGACACAACUUACCGGUAUGUGUCAUUGGCCUCCUUUUUCAGACCUUGCGCUUGUGAUGCAGCUGGCAGUGUAGGAGCAUGUGACCCUAACACAGGACACUGCAGGUGCAAAGAGAAGGUAGAAGGGUACCUGUGCAACAGGUGAGUAAUCUUGAUCUCCCGCCUCUCUUCCUUUCCCUCUGUUGUUCCCAGCCCUGUGCAAACAUAAGACUGUAACCUCCUCAGAGGAGGGAUCUGUCUUUUUUAUUGAUGAGAAUAAAAGCACCUCCAGAUAUUGCUGAACUACAGCUCCCAUCAGCCCCAGCAAUCAUGGCCAAUGGCUAGGGAUGAGAGGAGUUUUAGUUCUGUAACAUCUGGUGGGCCAAAAUUUCUCUGCACCUGAUUUUAAAAACAAACAAACAAACAAACAAACAAACAAGCAGGCACUGUGUCAUGAGCCUGAAUCUGGGGAGCAGCCAAGACUCUCAAAGAACACAAGAAGAGUCUGUCUGGAUCAGAUCUGCCCCAUCUGGCUAGUAUCCUGUUCUCACGGUGGCUAACCAGAUAUCCCAAUGGGAAGCCCACAAGUACAACCUGAGCGUCCUCCCCACCUGUGAUUCCCAGCAACUGAGGUUCAAAGGCAUACUGCCUCCAACAGUGGAGGGAGAAUUUAGCCACUGUGGGUGGUAGCCUUAUCUUCCAUGGAUAAAGAUACACUGUCAAUAAAAAUUGGUCUGCUUCAUGAAACUGACUGACAUAUGCUCUUUCUUGUCCAGGUGCCAACCUGGUAGCUUCAAUCUACAGCUCCACAACCCUACUGGCUGCACCAGCUGCUUCUGCUAUGGCCAUUCAACAGCGUGCACAGUGGCCCAGGGGUAUGAGGUUCACAAUAUCAUCUCUGACUUCAGCCAAGGUAGUUGGGGAACUUUUCUAUAUGGGUAUAUCUGCACACUACAACGUUAUGUUGGGCUUAUGGCACUUUUAACAGCUGCAGUUUCCUUGAUAUCAUUCUGGGAGUUGUAGUUUAGUGAAAGUGGUAGGAUUUCUGUUGAAGUUCCCUAGGCUCCAUUCAACCCAACUAUAUCCCAGGGCUCCCAGGAGAGACAGAAAAACAGUUAAAGCAGUAGAAGUCCAUAGUGUAAAGUGCACAAGGGCAUCACAUGUUUAUGCAAAAUAGCAACAAAUAAAUAAAUACCUGUAGAAGAAAACUAAAGGAUUAAAAUCUGUACAGGCAGUUUGUGUAGGGGUUGCAUUCAAAGUUAAUACACAUGGCAGUGGUCAUGCUUAAGCCCCUUCUGAGCCCGCGCAGUUCUCGGGCCAAAAGUUUUGUAUGCAUUAGCACUUGCACAUCACUACUAGUUUUUACAAGUUUUUACUGAGACAGGUGUGAAUGAGGGUAACACAGAUUGGCAGUUUUGAAAAGGCAGCCUUCCUGUCUGUGGGUGGAGUCAGUGCAAGACAUAAGACUCUCUAGAGCAGGGAUGUAGGGUUGCCAUAUUUCAAAUAUGGCAAUAUUUGCCAAAGUUGUUGAGCUUCUUUUAGUUUUGCCCAAAGUUGUUGAGCUCAAAAUCUCAAAAAAAGAAGAAAUUUUUGAGCUGUUUUUAAGGAAAUCCACAAAAAACCCGAGACUUCCAAUAUUGGUUACCAUACAUCCAGAUCUUCCCAGACAUUUCAGUGGUUUCCGCCCAGACACUGCUUCCGACUGCAGUAUUCUGGCUAUGUCUGGGAAAUUCUGGACGUAGGGCAACCCUAAGGUAAGGUUGCCAGACGUCCCCGUUUCCCAGGGACAGUACCCGGAUUUACAAAUCAGUCCCCUGACAAAAUCCAUCUAUCUAAUAGGAAGUUGAAAAGUGUCCCCGGAUUCAUUGAAAAAAAUCUGGUAACCUUACCUAAGGGGUAGCCAAAGUGAUGCCUUGCAGGUGUUGUUGGACUAUAGUUCCCAUCAUCCCUGGCUAUUAGGCAUGCUAGUUGGGGAUGAUAGGAGCUGGAAUCCCACAAAAGCCGUAGGACAAAUUGGCUACCCCUGCUCUAGAGCAGGAAGAAGCAACCAUUUUGCAAUUGCUGCAUUUUAGCAAUUGAAAAUCACAUACCCCUGUCAGUCUUGCUAUGAAUCGCUCAGAUAUCUGCCACUGCAUCCCAGUUCACUUACUAAUCUCUAAAGCAGCUGCCCCACUGAGCAUGCUGCUCAGCAUGAGGAGCCAACCCUGAAGCAACUGUUCUAUAAAUCCAGCUAGGCCCCUAUUGGCUCCCCAGAUUGCCUAAGUGUGGCUGGACUGUUGAGCUGCAGUACCCAAAUCUGGCCAUUAUUUGGGUGGCACUGUAGAGCAUCAGAGACCAGACAAAUAGCUCACUGUACAGUGGUACCUUGGUUUACAAACAUAAUCCAUUCCCAAGGUCCGGUUGUAAACCAAAACAGGUUGUAACCCAAGGUGUGCUUUCGCCAAUGGGUUGUAAUAAUUGGUUGUAAUAAUAAUAAAUGGGUUGUAAUCCCAAAAAAGGGACAUGCACUUCCAGGUUUGAUGUGGUUGUAAUCCAAAACAGUUGUAAUCCAAAGCGGUUGUAAACCAAGGUAGCACUGUAUGUGAAAGCCUCCCGAAUGGCACAGCAUCAAUGGCUCAGCAACUUCAAGAAAAGGAAAAAGCAGCUGUGUAAACCCAGCACUCAUAAUUUAUUUAAUUCUGAGCUGUAUCUGGCUGAGUUACAGCUUUCUGUUUGGCCAGUGGAGAGACAUGUGGGCGAGUACACAGCUGGUGACCCAAAGUAAACCCAAUGGAGCAUAUGAGGCCUUCUGUCUCCUGUUCUCCCUUUGCACAGCAGGGGUUUAUUCUGCACUGGCUGAAGGCCUCUGUGUGAACCUAGCUUGGACUCUGUGUGAACCUAUCAAGUAGCUCGCUCAGUCGCCAUCCAGCAUCCAAGAUGGCGCUGAAGCAAGUUCAUAGACCUCUCUCUUGCGUGUGAAAGAUCACCCUCUGGUGAGCAGCCCAAGGAACGCCCAUUAUAGAACCUGUCAAAACCCACAGGGCCCAGUGGUCAAGGGGCUCCUGCUCCGAUGGAAAACCUGUGUGAAUUAUUCUGUGCGUAGCUGUUAACGUAAUAAUCUGAACAUGCUAUUACUGUCUGCCGGGCCAGGCUACCCAUGAGGUGAGGUGGUGCAGUUGCCUCUGGUAGCAGAUCCAGCCUCCAGGGAGCACACCGCAAACCACUGCCUGCUGCCACUCAUUCCUUUCUGGUCUCAUUUUACUUCCCCACUGCCUUCGGGUGGGGGGAGCUAUGAAGGCGGAGUCAGGAGCAUUUUCUGUUGUGCCUCAAGUGGCAGAAUGUCCUGGGCCAGCCCUGACAGUCUUUGUGUGUAUGUGUUUUAUUUAAUUGUGGAUGUUUAUUUCUUUACUAUUUGGUGGAUUUUUUAUUGAUAGAGUUGCCAAAUGUCCUCCUUUUCCAGGAAACGUUCUCUUUUUCAUGGGCAGAGUCGUCAUAGCGAUCCAUAGUUAAAAAUAGAAGUUGACAAAUGUGUCCUCUUCAAAAUAUGGCAACCUUUAUUCUUGUAAUCUGCUUAGAAUCCAUAUUAGUACUUCUUCUUCUUCUUCUACUACUACUACUAAUACUAAUACUAAUACUAUUAUUACAAUUUAUUACUCACUCUUCACCCUAAGGUCCCAGGGCAGGUUACAACAAUUACAACAAUAUUAAAAACAGUUAAAACAAGUUACAGUCACAGAAAUAAGGUGGAUCCUACAGAUAUAUAUCUCAAGUGUCAAAAUCUGGGGUAAAGAGGUGUGUCUUAUCAUUUGUCACAAGUUGCAUAAGCUGCCAGAUGCAUCUCUAUGGGAAGAGAGUUCCACAGCUAUGGGGCUGCCACAGACAAAUUGACAAUUAAGUGGUGUAUAAAAAAGGUAAAGGUACCCCUGCCCGUACGGGCCAGUCGUGUCCGACUCUAGGGUUGUGCGCCCAUCUCACUUAAGAGGCCGGGGGCCAGCGCUGUCCGGAGACACUUCCGGGUCACGUGGCCAGCGUGGCGAAGCUGCUCUGGCGAGCCAGCACCAGCGCAGCACACGGAAAUGCCGUUUACCUUCCCGCUAUAAAGCGGUACCUAUUUAUCUACUUGCACUUAGGCGUGCUUUCGAACUGCUAGGUGGGCAGGAGCUGGGACCAAAAGACGGGAGCUCACCCCGCCGCAGGGAUUCGAACCGCCGACCAUGCGAUUGGCAAGUCCUAGGCACUGAGGUUUUACCCACAGCGCCACCCGCGUCCCUUAAGUGGUGUAUACAUCAAUCAAAUAAUUAACUGAUUAACAAUAUGUUUUUAAAAACACGCAAAUAGGGAUGGCAUGAAAUACCCAUUGUAUUGGCAUCUGUUCCAAUUAUUUUUAAAAUGGAAGGUGAAGCAACACAUUUCGUUGUAAUGCCUUUCCUUGGUUCAUAUAGCUUGCCUUUAUACCAUAACAUUUCUUAGUGUCUGGAAUCCAGAUGCUUUCUCCCCAUGGCUGUCGUGAUGCAAAGUAACAAUUGGUUUGGGGUUUUUUUUCAUUCUUCCAGAGCUCCAGUUCCUGUUUCAACAUGAAUAGCUCAUGAGACUCUCAGUCGCAGGGUUGUGGGUUCGAGCCCCACGUUGGGUGAAAGAUGCAUUGCAGGAGGUUGGACUAGAUGACCCUUGUGGUCCCUUCCAACUCUACAAUUCUAUGAUUCUAUGUAGUUAUAGGGUGAAAUUUCAUCAGGCCUCCAUGAGCAAGAAUGGCGAAAGAAGGGAAGGAUAUUAAUUGAGUGCCUGCUUUACACACAAAAGGUCCCAGGUUCCGCUCCCAGUGGCAUCUCCAGGUAGGGCUGUGAAUGAAAUCCUGGAGAGCCGCUUCCCGUCAGUGCAGACAAUACUGAGCUAGAUAGAGUAAAGGGUCUCGCUCUGUAUAAGGCAGCUUCCUAUGUUCCUGUUGGAAGGGCUGUAGCUCAUCUGUCUUGCAUGUAGACGAUCCUAGGUUCAACCUUGUAGGCAAAAGCGAGCUAAAUUGCAAGGUCAGCCAGACUUGCUUUGUCACUCUUUCUCUCUUUUGCUUGUGUUUUGUUGUUUUUUACCAGGACUCGAUGGCUGGAAAGCAGUAAAUCCAAGUGGGCAGGAGGUCCCCCUCCGCUGGACUAGAGGAGAGAUCUUCCUGGAGCAAGAGGAGGAAGAGGCUGAUUUUAUAGCGCCAGGUAUAGUAUCUGCAAAGCAGGAAGUGAUGAAAAUUCCUUCUCCCAAGGCUGCUAGCUCCUUCCAUUGCAGUUUAUCAUAAUGACCCUAGGUCCAAAUGGCCCACUGGAAGGAAUUUGCUCUUGGGGCCAGUCCCAAAAGCACAUAGCAAGCUGGUCACUCGAUGCUCACUGUUCUGCAAGAGUAGCUUGUGGUGCCAGUAUCCUUCCAGCUUGAGGUCAUCACUUUGACUAUGUCAGGGACCAGGAGUCAGAUUCCGCAUCAAUGGGUGAUGGAGGCAAAGGUGCGGAACCCAAAGUGUUCAAUCCACGCUUUAAUGGAAGCCUAUCUAAUUUACACUUCACAGAACAAUACCAUCAAGGCUAUCCUUUGAAAUUCACACUUUGCCAAAUUUUCUGAUGCAGGUUCUGCAGCCAAAAGACAUGUGUGUUACAGGGGAAAGUGUACCUAAGAAUGCAUAUUUUUCUGAAAAACAACAUCGAAAAAUGCAUUCCCUUAUGGAAAAUUGCUUGCAAAUCAUGUAUUUAUUGGGCAAAAAUGUGUACAGCAUUGACAGAUGCUGACAAUUUUUUGCAAUGUUUUUAAAUAAUAAUAAUAAAUCACAAACAGCUGGUGGAAAAGUGGCAAACUGAACUUAAAAUUGGAAAACUGAAAAACUGAUAGAAACCGAAAUAGAGAUAUUUGUUCAUCCAGCCCCAGUAUAGUGUAUUGGUUAGAGCGUCAGCCUAGGAUCUCUGAGUCAAGGUUUCAAAUCCCCUCUUGGCCAUUAAGCUGUCAGGGAGAUAGUUGCCAGUUGCUAUCUCUCAGCCUAACCUACCCCACGGGGUUAUUGUGGAGGAUGAAAUGGGAAGAGACAAGAACCACGUACACCACCUUGAGCUGCUUGGAGGAAAAGAUGGGAUAUAAAUGCAGUGUGAUAAAUAAACUAUCUAACUUUUGCCUUUCCUCUGAAUUUCCCUCUCAAUCCUUAGAGAGGUUCCUGGGUGACCAGCGCCUUAGUUACGGGCAGACCCUCUCCGUGUUCUUCCGCAUAGCAAGCACCACACCUGACUUCCAUUCUUUCCCCAUUGGGCUGGUUUUGGAGGGGGAUGGCAUCUCAGUGUCAGCCAGUUAUGCCGAUACAGAAGACAGCAGAAAUGGCACACACUGUGAAGAGCACAUGAUAGCGUUCAGGUAUCUUUUUCUCUACCAUUCUUCCUCACCUGUUCCUAUCACAAGCCAAGGUGUUUUGAUCUAACAGCCUUUUAAAAAUUCUCAAGGAUGCAAACAGUAAACAAUGGCAUUGUGGUGAUCAAAUGAAAAGUAAAGAGAGGGUCAAGAGAGAAUCAAGGUCACCCAAUUUAAAAAGUAUUAUUUUGUUCAUGUGAAUAGAUAUGUGUGAUAUUUGUUGUGAUAUGUAACUAGGGUAGCCAAGCUGGUUUCCUCCAGAUUUUUAUGAACUGCAGCUCUCAUCACUCCCAGCCAGCAUGGCCAAUGGUCAGGAAUCAUGGGAGUUGUAGUCCUAAACAUCUGGGAGGCACCACAUUGCUCAUGGUGGUGCUUUCUAGAUUUAAAAAUGUUAUAUUUUUAUAUACAUAUAUUGUUCUAUGCCACCCCGAUCUCUUAGUGGUGCAAGGGGUUCCAGGUGCUUACCCGAAGUGUAUUUCCUUUGUAAAUUAGGCAUAGCAAAGACUGCAGUGUCUUUAUGAUAUAUGGUUUAUUUACACAUAUAUACAACCUGAGCCUACAGUGUACAGAGCAUUCACAUCACAAGAUUCUUUGCUCCUCUCUUAGGAGCAGCAGGCUUAGGUCUACAAACAGGAACCAGCCAUGGUGCCUCUCCCUUUGUUACAGCCAACCCGCCAAGAGUUUUGGCAGGCCACCUUCUCCUCCGCUUUUCAAACCUCUUGCAAAGUGCUUACAUCUUCUAAGCUGAAAUCCUAAACCUGAAAUCCUGAAAUCCUGAACCUGUUCUGAGCUGCUAGCCACAGCUGUAUUUGCAGCGGAGGAGUGAAAUGCUAGCAUGUUCUUCCCCCUCCUCAUUUUUAUCAUCACAGCAACCCAGGCUGUGACUGGCAACAAGUCACCCUGCAGCUGAGGAGAGUGUUGAAGCCUGGUCUCUCAGGUCCUAAUGUAGCACUCUUAACUAAAUAGUAAUAUUAAUAAGUUAUUGUUAGGUGCUCCUAUAACCAGCUCAUUUAUUGUUUGAGCUUUGAGGAGCAUUUAAAGAAAUAAAUACAACCAACACAGGGCAGUGCAGUGCACUUUAUUGCUUUUCAGUUAACGCUAGUCAAUUUUUAGUUGGCAUCAGAGAGAUUUGAUUUGCGAUCCAUUAAAACUUUGGCCACUAAAUAGUCAAGUGCUCAGGUCUGACAAGGGAGCAAACAGAAGUCGGAUAAGUGUCAUUUCACUGGGGGUGAUAAGGCCAUUGUUAAAGCUCUCAUCCUGCUUCCCCAUAAGCCCUUUUGUGUGCUUCCAAUCCUGUAUUACUCAAAGGCUUCACGAGGCUGAGGAAGAAAUGCAACCAGCUCUGUCAGCUUUCCAGUUCCAGCGCCUGCUCUCCAACCUGACAGCGCUUCGGAUCCAGGCCAAAAGCAGUUAUGGACCAGGUAAGUCAUUUGAAAACCUGCUAUGUGUAGUUGGUCCCUGGUGUAGGCAGUCAUGUAAAAUGUGCAAUUCCUCAAGACCUCUGGUUUUAAGUGAGCUUGAAUUUGAAUAAGAGCAUAAGAAGAGCCUGGCUUGUUCCAGACCAGAGACCCAUUUAGUCCAGUGUCCUUACAAUUGCCAACCAGGCAUCCAUUAUGGGAAGUCUGUGAAAGCAGAACCUUGCUCUCCCCUCUUGUGAUUCCCAGAAACUGGUAUUCAGAGGCAUACUGCCUCCCAAAAUGGAGGUAGAACAUAGCCAUUGUGGAUAGUUUGUCUAAUCUGGUACGCCUCUCCUGGUAUGCCCCGCAGAGGACCUUAAGGUCCACAAAUAACAACACUUUGGAGGUCCCAAGCCGCAAGGUGGUUAGAUUGGUCUCAACUAGGGCCAGGGCCUUUUCAGUACUGGCCCCGAAUUGGUGGAACGCUCUGUCACAAGAAACUAGGGCCCUGCGGGGCCUGACAUCUUUCUGCAGGGCCUGCAAGGCGGAGCUGUUCUGCCUGGCCUUUGGUUUGGACUCAGUCUGACCCUUAUCUUUCCCUCCCCUCAUGGUUUUGAUCUAUGGGCUAUUAUUAAAAUGAGGCUGCUUUUUAAAUUGUAUUUUAACCUGUAUUUUAAAUUGGUCCCCCUCCAUUAUGUUUUUAUUGUAAUUUUACUGGUGUUAGCUGCCCUGAGCCCGGCUCUGGCCUGGGAGGGCGGGGUAUAAAUAAUAAUAAUAAUAAUAAUAAUAAUAAUAAUAAUAAUAAUUAUGAUGAUGAUGAUGAUUAUCCUGUUUUAAAGCCAUCCAACAUAUAGGUUGGUGGCUUCUACUGCAUCUUGGAUGCAUGGAGAGGGGAAGGAAAAAUAAGAGUAUUGGAAGGCUGAGAACCUAAGAAAAGCCCUGCUGGAUCAGACAAAUGGUCCAUUUAGUCCAGCAUCCUAUUCUCACACUUAGCCAACCAGAUGCCCUAUGGGAAGCCCAAAAGCAGGACCUGAAUGUAACAGUAACUCACCCCAUUCAUGGUUACCAGCAACUAGCAUUCAGAGACAGACUACCUUCAACACUGGAAGUAGAACAUAGGGAAGGGGCUGUAGCUCACUGAUAAAUAUCUGCUUUGCAUGCAGAAGGUUGCAGGUUCAGUCCCUGGCAUCUCCAUGUAGGGCUAGGAGAGAUCACUUGCCUUGACCCUGGAGAGCUGCUGCCAGUCAGCAUAAGCAAGAAUGGGCUAGAUGGACCGAAGGAUCUGACACUGUAAAGGAGCUGCCUGUGUUGCUAGCACAGCCACCAUGACUAGGUGUGCAACUGAGUCUUUUCCUCCCUCUGGGUCUCCCUUCUUUCCCCUCAGGUAGGAUUCUCCUGAAGGAAGUCCAGCUUACGUCAGCUCACCCAGGCCUCUCUCAGCCUGCCCUGUGGGUUGAAGAAUGUAUAUGCCCGCAAGGAUACGUUGGCCAGUUCUGUGAGUCCUGCGCUCCUGGCUUCAAGAGGGAGGUGCCAUUCGGUGGCCCCUUGGUCAGUUGUGUUCCCUGCUCUUGCAACCAACAUGGCAGCUGUGAUCCUGACACAGGUCAGUCCUCUCUCUCUCUUUCUGUCUCUGCCAUCCUGUUUGGUAUAGUGGUUAGAGUGUCAGACAAGGACCUGGGAGACCAGGGUUCAAAUCCCCACUCAGCCAUGAAGCUCGCUAGGUGUGAUUUUGGGUUGGUCACAGUCUCUCAGCCUAAACUAUCUCACAAGGUUGUGGUGGGGAUUAAAUGAGAAGUGGGGAGAACCAUGUGCACCAACUCAAGCUCUUUGGAGAAAAUGGUGUGAUAGAAAUGCAAUGAAUAAAUAAAUAAAUAAGAAUCAAUAAUUUCUCACAUUUGUAUUACUUAGUUCAGUUUAUGAAUCGUUUCUGAUAAAAUACAGUGGUGCCUCGCAAGACGAAAUUAAUCCGUUCCGCGAGAGUCUUCGUCUAGCGGUUUUUUCGUCUUGCGAAGCAACCCUAUUAGCGGCUUAACGGAUUAGCGCUAUUAGCGGUUUAGCGGCUAUUAAAGGCUUAAAGGCUUAGGGGAUUAGCUGCUAAAAAGGCUAUUAAAGGCUAUUAAAGGCUUAGCAGAUUAGAUUAAGGGGGAAGCGAAAAAAAUCUCAAGACUCGCAAGACAUUUUCGUCUUGCGAAGCAAGCCCAUAGGGGAAUUCGUCCUGCGAAGCAACUCCAAAACGGAAAACCCUUUCGUCUAGCGGUUUUUCCGUCUUGCGAGGCAUUCGUCUUGCGGGGCACCACUGUAUCCCAAAAGAAAUUGAAGAGUAAAUGAAUUUUCACGAUGACUUCUUUUCAUUGCAAACUGAUGUGGAAAUGUGGUGAGCUGAACUUAAGAAUGGAAAAAUUAGAAAAAUUUGCAGAUUCACCUACCCCUAGUCCCCAUACUGCAGGAAUAUCAUUUAAAAGUACCGUAUUUUUCGCCCCAUAGGGCGCACCGGCCCAUAGGGGCGGGGGCGGGGGAAGCCCAAGGUUCCCCCGACCCCAUUCCCCAGAACAGGCUGCUCUCCGCAAGCCGUGGGAGCCCUCCCACGGCUUGCGGAGAGCUACCCGAAGCCCGGGCGCGACUACUCAGCGCGCCCAGGCUUCAGGAUAGAAGCAGCUCUGCACAAGCCGUGGGAGGGCUCCCGCGGCUUGCGCAGAGCUACCCGAAGCCUGGGCGUGACUGCUCAGCGCGCCCAAGCUUCAGGAUAGAGGCAGCUCUGCGCAAGCCGUGGGAGGGCUCCUGCGGCUUGCGCAGAGCUGCCCAAAGCCCGGGCGCGACUGCUCAGCACGCCCAGGCUUCGGGAUGCAGGCAGCUCUCCACAAGCCGUGGGAGCCCGGUGGGAAUUCUCGCGGGCUCCCAAGGCUUGCGGAUAGCUUCCUGAAGCCUGCAUUCACCCCAUAGGACGCACACACAUUUCCCCUUCAUUUUUGGAGGGGAAAAAGUGCGUCCUAUAGGGCGAAAAAUACGGUACUCCCAGGAUUUCUCCAGUACAUUCAUACCUUGGGUUGAAUGUGCUUCAAGUUGAGCGCGUUCGGGUUGCGCUGCACAGCAACCCGGAAGUAAUGGAGCGCGUUACUUGCAGGUUUCGUCGCUCACGCAUGCGCAGGCACUCAAAAUGACAUCACAUGCAUGAGCAGAAGCGGUGAAACAUGACUUGUGCACACAUAGACUCGCCGUCGCGCCAUUUCGUCUUAUGUUCCAUUCAGGAUGCGAACGGGGCUCCGGAACGGAACCCGUUCGCAUCCUGAGGUACAGCUGUACAAAGUUAACAUGGACAGUAACAUUCAGACUGAAAGGAAAAUAUCACUGGACAUGUCCACACAGUGACCAAGUUAACCCAAUCCAGGUAUGGCUGUUGUGUGUGAUUCCUCAAACCACACACACAUGUGCUUAGAGGCUGCCAGCAUCUGGCUCGUGCUCUGUUACUGCAACAUAUGGGCUGCUUCAUGGGACAUGACUGAGAUGCACAAAGGCUUGUAUUGCUCCUUUUUAUAAAAAAAAAAAAAAAGGAAAAUUCUUAACAAGUUCCUUUGUUUUACCAAAUGGAAACAGCACAACUCUUUGCUGUCUUCUCCCACCCCCGCCUUUUUUUUACUGAGGAAUUCCACUGCGUCUGGUCUCCUCCUUUCUGGUUCCACGCAAUCCUUGGAUGCAAUUCCAGGGCUUUGAUCUUGCAGCUCUAAUUUCCUUCAAUCAAGCUGUGCGUCCGUCAGAUAGGCUCUUGCCAGUCAUUUGAUUUCUUCCAGCCCUGCCACAUCCACCCUCUUCUUCCUUGCCCCCAUUUGCCCGGCUCUGUUUGCAACUCCGUUUCCCAGAGCAAACUCCAAGCCAGCCAACACAGCCUUGUUCCCAUCUUGUGUUGCUUGCUAUACUGGUUAGGUGGACCUUUGCAGGAAAUUGUGAACUGAGCGUGUUCAGUGGGUGUAGAACACGAGUGAAUGGUGGGUGGUGGUGUAAAUGAAAUGGAUUAUCUUGGUAGAGAACAUAGGUGACUGAACCCCUGAAUAGAAGCUCCUAGACAUGUUGGGAAAUCCUGCUGCAAAACAGGAGCGGAAAUUGCCACAAUGUGCUUGUUCAUCAAAGUUCAGAAAUUAAAGCCAAGCAAGCAAAUAUGAGCACUGUUGUUUCCAUAAAUGCUACAAAAAUAAUUAUGUGAUUGUAUGCAUUGCUUUUAACAUUUCCUUCCACUAAAAUCAAGUAAAAUAUUUAUUGUUACGGUCAGCAACUAGCAUCAAGGAAACAAAAUAGAAAUCAUAUAAGACACAUUAUCCAAAUGCGUUAUCAUGUAAAUCAAUCACAUAACUAAUCUUGUUUGUUUCAGUUGUAGUGGCUAGUGAAGUGAAUGAAAUAGGCUCUAGUGGAACUUGAACUGUGGGGAAAUGGAAACAGCACUGAUUUCAGUGAAUGGUGGAUGGGAUGGAAACUGCUACCUCCUUACAUUCCUAAGAGGACUUCAUGCUGCAACAUUUUCUUGCAGCUCCUGCUACCAUAAAUGAUAGCUACUGCUGAUCCAAAAACUUUACCACUGUGGCAGUUCCCCUACAGUAUUUGCCAUCACUUGGAACCUUUUCUUAUGGCUUACCAAAUUUCAAAAAUUAAUAAUGGCAAUUGUGUUUACAGUUGUGACAUAUCACUCCUAACCACAUGCAAAAGUGUGUUGCUCUACACUCUUUUCUUCUUCCAAUUCUCUUUUGAUUUCGUAUUGGAAACAGCUUCUCUGUCUGCCUGGAGCGAUCUCUAAGAAAGGGCAUUUUGAAUCUACAGACACGGCCCUUCAUAAUCAGAGGUUCUCUGGCUAUGCUCUAUUUGAAGUUUAAGACCUUUGCAAGUCACCUGCAUCCCAUUUUGAAGCUUGCAUUUAUUUCUUUAUGUUGUCUCCACUUUUUAUGGGCUAAAACUGCUGAUGGUUAACAGAAAACCAAGCAGCAUGGAAAUGAUGAGCCAGUGUGAUUUAUUGGUGGUUGAAACUAUUUAAGCAGGCUUACUAGCAACAGGCAUCCUUUCUCCAGUUCCAGGAAGCUGUUUUCUUGUGUAAUGCCCAUUCAUGUCAAUGGAGCUUAUUCAACAGAAAUACCUGAUGGUUUAUGUGCAGAUAAAACAGGGGUGAGAAAUCUAGGACCUGGGGCCCAAAUGCAGCCCUCCAAACCUUUUUGUUUGGGCUAGGGCUGGGUGAUACCAGACCCUCCAAGUGUCCCUAUUUUCCAGGGAUGUCCCUGAUUUUGAGAAGCCAUCCCUGUUUCUGAUUUGAUCCCAGAAUAUCCCACUUUUCCUUAGGAUGUCUCUAUUUUCAUUGAAGAAAUGUUGGAGGUGAUGGAGUUAUCUGAAGGCAAUCUUUUUUAAUUUUAAUUUUAAUUAUGUUGGAAGCUGCCUAGAGUGGCUGGGGCAACCCAGUAAGAUGUGUGGGGUAUAAAUAGUAAAAUCAUCAUUAUGGAAUGGGAAGUCCUUAUUUUCAUCGGAGAAAUGUUGGAGGGUAUGUGAUACAUUGUCCAAAACUGGUUUGACAUGGCACAAACUAUGAUGUGUGCAUGUCCCAGGGUUGCCAAAUCCAGAAACAAAAGUUGUUGAGCUUUUUUUUUUUUAAGGAAAUUCACCAAAAUCUAAACUUUCUGACAUGGGUUGCACUACGUCAGGGUUUCAAAAAAUUUCGUCUCUACCCUGAUUCAAACAGUAGUGUUCUGUUUGCUCUGCAGGGGGCAGAGAAGCACAAGAGCAUGUAUCAAAGAAAGCAGCCUAUCAAAGACCUUUCCUCAGUAACUUACGUAGACACCAUGAGUUUCUUGUUUAAAGUGCCAGCACCAGGCUAGGAGGUAGUUGAAGGAGACCUCAUGAUACUUGAACUUUGCUGGGACUGUCACAAGAGCAGGAAGCCCUUUCUACCUUGCCUCCCGAAAGCCCCCCAUGCUUUUGAGCCCUCAGCCAGGGCUAACUUGGCAGCCACUAGUAAUCUCGUAGAAAAAUAAGCUGGGGUUAUUUAAUUCUGAGUUUUAAAAAUAAAAAUAAACCUUUCCCUGUCGUUUAAGCCCCUUUCUCCCCUUUCCCCUUCUGUGUAGGGUUGCCAUAUUUCAAGAAGUGAAAAUCUAGACACAAAAGCCGACUUAGCUUGCUGUACAUCCAGAUUUCCCCUGACAUUUCAGCGAUUUCCUGUAAGUUCAGGAAAAUCUGGAAGUACGACAACCCUAUGCUGGUGUGUCUGUGUCUCCAUUGUGUCUAUUUGGGAACAUUCUUUUAUCUUAUUUUUUGAUAUCUAUGCUGCUAAUUACUUCUACAGCUUUUAUCUUAGAGAAAAGGUGAUAAUCUAAAAAGCACCUGUGCUGUAAAAUAGCAGUUGUAACAAUAUGUUAAAGGUCAGUACGAUUUUGUAAGUUUUAGACCCAUAAGUAGUAGUGGUUGCCAGUACAUUAUGCUGUUCACAUCUACACAAUUCCAUCCUUAUUUCAGACAUCUUGUAAUAUUGGUAUAUUGUGAUGUUAACUGGCAACAUAUCACAAUAUUGAAAACUAGACAUCGCCCUGCCCUAGUCUGGACCUUGGAGCUCUCUGCAGAGGGUGGCACAGAGCCCUGGCACCGCCUCCCCAAAACUGGAAGUUGAGUAAGCACUUGCCUAGCGUUGGGGGGAAAAAGAAGGGCUUUAGGACCCUGCCAGAGCCCAGGAGCUUCCUUCCUAGAGCCAGAGCAGUGCCGGCAAUUUUGAAGCGGCACAAAAUUGGGAAGGUCCAUAACUGGAGAAGAGAUAUAUUUGGGGGCUCCAAAUAUUGGCUUCAGAAGAUUACCAAAGUCCAUCCAUUUUAUCUGUCUUUGGGAGAGUGUUGCAAGGGCUCUGGAAUAGGAGUAAACCUUAUGUGAUCACAACUUUGUUCAGGUGUUUUUGGGUGGGUGGGGAAUAAAUAUUUAUUUUCCCACACACCUCCUGACGCCAAAGUUAUACUGGGACACUUGCAAGAGCAGGAAGCCCUUUCUGCCUCACCUCUCGAAAGCCCCCCAUGUUGCUGAGGCUUGCUUGGCAGCUGCUGCUAAUACAAGAAAAAGAAUAAACUGGGAUUUUUUAUUUCUGAGUUUAAAAUAAUUGAAAUAAACAUAGCCUUGUUGUUUAAGCCUCUUUCCUCCCUUCUCCCCUUCUGUGUGUGCUGGUGUGUCUGAAUCUCCCUCCUGUCUGUUAGGGAACAUUCUGCCACCUUAGAUUUGAUAAUUUAUACUACUAGUUACUUCUACAACUUUGAUUUUAGGAAAGGGUGCUAAUUUUGAAAUUAUUUGCACUGUAAAAUAACCGGCAUAACAAUAGCUGAUAGGUAAAUUUUUGACCCCUAAGUAGUAGGAGUUGCAAAAUACAUCACCCCAUUUGUCUCUACAUAGUUCCAUCCUUAUUUCAGACAUGGUCUUAUAUAUCGGUAUAUUGUGACAUAUCACAAUGUUGAAAACCAGACAUCGCCAAGCCCUCAUCGCAGCUGUUUUUCUUUUUGACCUAUGUUUAUGUGUGAUGUUCAUUUUAGUCUGUCAAUCUCCUUGGCUAUUCAGAUAGCAGAAUCUCAUAUAUGAUAUAAUAUGUUGCAUGUAAGACCUGCUUUUGUUGUAAGGUAUGUUUUUCCAGAGGUACUUAAUGCUAUUUUGAGAAAAUUAUUCCUAUUCUCGUUGGGUUUUUUUUACAUAGUACUAUGCUAUUUCAUCCAAAAAUACUUGCGAAGAUCCACUUGAUGGCGCCAAAUAUUGGCCACGCAGAGGAUGCCAUUUUAAGAGUGAUUACAAAGUGCAUCCAUUUUGUGUGGCUUUUGGAAGGGCGGCGCCAGAGCCCGGGCACCGCCUUCCCAAAGCCGGAAAUCUAGUACUUGAUUGCCCAUCUUUGGGAAAGAGUUAAGGGCUCUAGGACCCUGCCAGAGCUUGAAUAUUCCUUUCCAGAGCCAGACAUCACCCAGCCCUAGUUGCAGCACUUUUCCUUUCUGACCUAUGUUUAUGUAGGAUGCUUAUUUUAGUCUGUUAAUCUCUAUGCAUUUUCAAGUAGCGGAAUGUCAUAUAUGCCAUAAUACAUUGCAUGCAGGACCUGCUUUGGUUGUAGGGUAUAUUCCUCCUGAGGUACUUAAAAGUGUUUCUAGUCCAUUAUUCCUGUUCUCCUUUUUACAUAGUUCUAUGCUAUUUUAGUCAUUCAGAAAUCUGAUGUGCUGCAAAAUUGACAAGCUACACUUGGGGGCGCCAAAAAGCUGCACAUUUUAGGAAAGAUUACAAAGUGCAUCAGUGUUGUGUGGCCUUGGGAGGGUGGCACUAGGGCUCUGGAGGCAGCCCUGGCAAUGCCUUCCUGAAGCCGGAAGUCUAGUAAGUGCUUGCCCACACAAAAGUGAGAAGAUCCAUUUGGGGGCGCUUAUACUAGCCUCCCAGAGGUCUCCAUUUUAGGGAAGAUUACAAAGUGCAUCCAUUUUGUGUGGCUGUUGGAGGGCGGCACAAAGCCCUGGCACCGCCUUCCAAAAGCCAGAAGUUUAGUAAGUGCUUGCCCAGUUUUAGGAACCAGGGAAGGGCUCUAGGAAGAUGCCAGAGCCUGGUUUUCCUGCGCAGGGUGUCACACCAAGGUGGCACAAUAUUGUACCUGCAGUUUUUAUGCACAGGGCGCCCAGCCUAGAUGGCACAAAAUCUGAGGCUCUUGCAAGAACACAAAGCCCUUUCUGCCUCCCUUGCCAAAAGCCUGGCAGGUUCUUGUGGCUCACAUGGCAGCCUCCGCUAUUGUGAUAGAAAAAUAAACGGGGGUUAUUUAAUUGUGAGUUUAAACCUCUUUCCUCCCUUUGCCUCCCCCCCAUCUGUGUCUAUCUCAUCUCUGUUAGGGAACAUUCUCUCAUCUUAUCUUUGACAUCUGUGCUGCUGAUUUCUUCCACAGAUUUUAUUUUAGAGAAAAGGUGCAGAUUUAAGAAAUAUUGGUAAUAUGAAAUCACAGUUGUAAUAAUUUCUUAAGUGUAAGUAAAAAUAAAUACGUUUUAGACCCCUAACUAAUAUGAGUUGCCGGCACGUAACUCAGUUCGUUCUACAUAUCUCCGUUCAUAUUUCAGAUACGGACAUGGUGCUGUAUCGGUAUAUAUAUCGCGAUGACAUAUCACAAUGUUGAAAAGCAAGACAUCGCUCAGCCCUCCUUGCAAAAUUGAGAAGAUCCUCUUGGGGGCGCCAAAAUGGCCGCCAUUUUAGGAAAGAUUAAGAACUGGGUCCAUUUUGUGUGGCUGUUGGAAGAGGGCGGCGCUUGAGGUGCUUCCAAGGGCCUGGCACCGCCAUAUUGAAGCCGGAAGCCUAUUAAGGGCUUGCCCACACAAAGGUGGGAAGAUGCAUACUUGAGAAUAUCCACUUGGGGCGGCAAAGCUUCCCAUAGACUGCAGCCAUUUUAGGAAAGAUUACAAAGUGCAUCCAUUUUGUGUGGCUGUUGGAAUGCGAUGCUAGGGCUCUUGGAGGCUGCUGCAGCCCUGGUACUGCCUUCCUGGAGCUGGAAGUCUAGUAACUGCUUGCCCAGUUUUGGAAGCAGGGAAGGGCUCUAGGGUGCUGCCAGAGCCCUCCAGUUUUCUUCCCAGAGCCAAAUCGGAGCCUGCAGUUUUUAAGCAAGAGUCACCCUGCCUAGGUGGCACAAAAUUUGGGGCUGUUGCAUGAGCAGGAAGCCUUUUCUGCCUCCCCUCCCCAAAGCCUGGCAUGUUACUGUGGCUCGCUUGGCAGCCUCCACUACUCUGGUAGAAAAAUAAACUGGAGUUAUUUAAUGCUGAGUUUAAAACAAUAAAAAUAAUUCUUGCCCUAUUUAAGCCUCUUUCUUCCUGUUGUCCCCCCCCCCAAUCUGUGUCUCCCUCAUAUCUGUUAGGGAGCUUUCUCUCACCUUACCUUUGACAUCUAAGCUGAUAAUUUUUUCUACAGCUUUUAUUUUAGAGAGAAUGUAUUAUUUUAAAAAAUAUUGGUAAUAUAAAAUCACAGUUGUAACAAUUUCUUAAGCGUAAGUUAAAAUGAGUAAGUUUUAGACCCCUAACUAAUAUGAGUUGCCGGCACAUAACCCUGUUCGUCUCUACAUAUCUCCGUUCAUAUUUCAGACACAGACAUGGUGCUGUAUCGGUAUAUAUUGCGAUGACAUAUCACAAUGUUGAAAAGCAAGAUAUCGCUCAGCCCUCCUUGCAAAAUUGAGAAGAUCCUCUUGGGGGCGCCAAAUACUGGCCUCCCAUUGGCCGCCAUUUUAGGAAAGAUUACAAAGUGCAUCCAUUUUGUGUGGCUGUUGGAAGAGGGCGGCGCUAAGGCUGGGAUGCUUCCAAAGGCCUGGCACUGCCAUACUGAAGCCGAAAGCCUAGUAAGGGCUUGCCCACACAAAGGUGAGAAGAUCCACUUGGGGGCGCCAAAUCCUAGCUUCCCACAGGCAGCAGCUAUAUUAGGAAAGAUUACAAGGUGCAUCCAUUUUGUGUGGCUUUUGGGAGGGCGGUGCUAGGGGAGCUUCCAAAGGCCUGGCACCACCAUACUGAAGCCAGAAGCCUAUUAAGGGCUUGCCCACACAAAGGUGAGAAGAUGCAUUCUUGAGAAGAUCCACUUGGGGGUGCCAAAUCCUAGCUUCCCACAGGCAGCAGCCAUAUUAGGAAAGAUUACAAGGUGCAUCCAUUUUGUGUGGCUUUUGGGAGGGCGGUGCUAGGGGUGCUUCCAAAGGCCUGGCACCACCAUACUGAAGCCAGAAGCCUAUUAAGGGCUUGCCCACACAAAGGUGAGAAGAUGCAUUCUUGAGAAGAUCCACUUGGGGGCACCAAAGCUUCCCACAGGCCGCAGCCAUUUUAGGAAAGAUUACAAAGUGCAUCCAUUUUGUGUGGCUGUUGGAGGGUGGUGCUAGAGCCCUGGCACCGCCUCCCGAAAGUGGAAAGUCCAGUAAGUGCUUGCCUAGCUGUGGGAAGGAGGGAAGGGCUCUAGAGUGCUUCCAGAGCCCUGGAGUUCCCUUCCCAGAGUCAGAGCAGUAUGGGCAGUUUUUCUGCACAGGGUGCCCAGCUGAGGUGGCACAAAAUUUUAAGGAUCCUUUUUAUCUGCCCUUGGAAGGGCAACACAAGGACUCUGGGAAACUGCCAGAGCCCGAACAGCACCUUCCCACAGCUGAGUAAAACAAAUGCGAUUGCAGCUUUGCUGUAGUGCAGAGCUUUCCAAACUGUGUGUCGCAAUGCGUGUGUCCUGCCACCUGAACACUCGCCCCCCUUUUUCCUGGGGGGGUGGAAAGGGAUUCAUUUAACCUGCAGUUUGCUAGAAAAACUGAAUUACUGUGUCUCGAAAUGAUGUAUGCCUAAAAGUGAGUCCCAGGCAUGAAAACUUUGGAAAGCUCUGCUUGUGUGUGUGUGUUUGUGUGUGCGUGCGCGUGUGCACGUGCACGUGCACGUGCACUAUUUAUUUACUUCCCUAAACGGGGGUUAUUUCAAAAAAUAAACCUUGCUCUGUUUUUUAAGCCUCAUUCCUCCCUUGUCCCCUUCCUUCUGUGUUUCUCCCUUAUGUCUGUUGGGAAAUGUUCUCCCACUUUAACUCUGAUAUCUAGGCUACUAAAUGCCUGCACAGGUUUGAUUGUAGAGAAAAGGAGCAAAUUUUAAAAUUAUCUGCGCUAUAAAAUAACGGUUGUAACAAUAUGCUAAAGGUAAGUACGAGUUUAUAAAAUUUAGACCCCCUAGGUAAUAGCCAUUCCCAGAAUAUCAUCCCGUUCGUUUGCUUCUACAUAGUUUCAUCCUUAUUUUAGACAUUGUGUUACAUCCGUAUAUUGCGAUGUUUAGCUGGUGACAUAUCACGAUGUUGAAAUCGCCCAGCCUUCAUUGCAAUAUUAAGAAGUUCCACUUGGGGCCGCCAAAUAUUGGGCUGCCAGAGGCUGCCAUUUUAGGAAAGAUUACAAAGUGCAUCCAUUUUGUGUGGCUGUUGGAAGAGGGCGGCGCUAAGGCUGGGAUGCUUCCAAAGGCCUGGCACCGCCAUACUGAAGCCGAAAGCCUAUUAAGGGCUUGCCCACACAAAGGUGAGAAGAUGCAUUCUUGAGAAGAUCCACUUGGGGGCACCAAAUACUAUCCUAGCUUCCCACAGGCCGCAGCCAUUUUAGGAAGAUUACAAAGUGCAUCCAUUUUGUGUGGCUUUUGGGAGGGCGGUGCUAGGGGUGCUUCCAGAGGCCUGGCACCACCAUACUGAAGCCAGAAACCUAUUAAGGGCUUGCCCACACAAAGGUGAGAAGAUGCAUUCUUGAGAAGAUCCACUUGGGGGCACCAAAUACUAUCCUAGCUUCCCACAGGCCGCAGCCAUUUUAGGAAGAUUACAAAGUGCAUCCAUUUUGUGUGGCUUUUGGGAGGGCGGUGCUAGGGGUGCUUCCAGAGGCCUGGCACCACCAUACUGAAGCCAGAAACCUAUUAAGGGCUUGCCCACACAAAGGUGAGAAGAUGCAUUCUUGAGAAGAUCCACUUGAGGGCACCAAAUACUAUCCUAGCUUCCCACAGGCCGCAGCCAUUUUAGGAAGAUUACAAAGUGCAUCCAUUUUGUGUGGCUUUUGGGAGGGCGGUGCUAGGGGUGCUUCCAAAGGCCUGGCACCACCAUACUGAAGCCGGAAACCUAUUAAGGGCUUGCCCAAACAAAGGUGAGAAGAUGCAUUCUUGAGAAGAUCCACUUGGGGGCGCCAAAUACUAUCCUAGCUUCCCACAGGCCGCAGCCAUUUUAGGAAGAUUACAAAGUGCAUCCAUUUUGUGUGGCUUUUGGGAGGGCGGUGCUAGAGCCCUGGCACCACCUUCCAAAAGCCUGAAGUCUGGUAAGUGCUUGCCCAGGUUUGGGAAAGAGAGAAGGGCUCUGGGACCCUGCCAGAGCCUGGUUUUCCUGUGCAGGGUGCCAUGCCAAGGUGGUACAAAAUUGGAAAAAUCCAUAAUUGAGACAAUCCAAUUGGAGGGGGUAGCACAUUUUGGCUUUGAAAGAAGUUAGUCAUCCCCCUCCAUGUUCCUGACGCUUGCUUUUCUAGUAGAAUAAUAAACUAGGAUUAUUUAUUGCUGAUUUAAAAUUAAUAUUAAAAAACCUUCCUUUGUUGUUGAAGCCUGUUUCCUCUCCUCUCCCCUUCUGUAUAUGCUGGUGUGUCUUUUAUUUUAGACCAAAGGUGAUAAUUUUAAAAAUAUUGGUGUAUCACGAUGUUUAGCUGGUGACAAAUCACGAUGUUGACAUCGCCCAGCCCUUGUUGCAGCCCUUUUCCUUUCUGACCUACUGGAUGCUCAUUUCAGUCUGUCAAUAUCUGUGCCUUUUCAAGUAGCAGAACCUCAUAUAGGAUAUAAUACAUUGCACGUAGGACCUGCUUUAGUUGUAGGGUAUAUUCAUCCUGAGAUACUUAAAAGUGUUUCCAGCCCAUUACUAUUCCUGUUCUGCUUUUUAGAUAGUGCUAUGCUAUUUCAGUCCUCCUAAAAUUGGAGGUGGUGCAAAAUUAAGAAGAUCCACUUGGAGGUGCCAGAUAUUGCCUUGCAUAGGCUGCAAUGAUUAUGUGGCUGUGGGGAGGGCAGUGCUGGGGCUCUGUGGGGCUCUGUAGGGACUCUGUGGGGACUUUCCCAUCUUUGGAUGGAGGGAAGGACUCUAGGGUACUGCCAGAGUCUUGACAGUUUUCCUUCACAGGGCACUGAGUGAAGGCGGCACAAAUUGGGAAGAUCCAUAAUUGAGAAUAUCUAUUCGGGAGCACCAAAUAUUGGCUUCAAAGGAUUGCCGAAGUCUGGUCUAUUUUAUCCAUCUUGGGGAGGGCGGCACAAAAGCCUCUUGUUUAAGUCUCUUUCCUCCCCGCUCCCCUUCUGUGUGUGCUGGUGUGUUUGUGUCUCUCUCCUCUCUGUUAGGGAACAUUAUCUCACCUUACCUUUGAUACACAUGCUACUAGUAUCGUCUACAACUUUUAUUUUAAGUGAAAGGUGCUAAUUUCAAAAUUAUCGGUAAAAUAAAAUCACAUUUGUAGCCCUUGCUGCAAGUCUUUUCCUUUCUGACCUGUGUUUAUGUGGGAUACUCAUUUUAGCCUUUCAUUCUCAGAACCUCAUAUAUCAUAUAACACAUUGCAUGUAGUACCUGCUUUGGUUGUAGGUUAUAUUCCUCCAUUAUUUUUGUUCUCCUUUUUACAUAGUUUUACAUUUCAGUCAUAAAAUCUGAGGUGUCACAAAAUUGAGAAGAUCCACUUGGGGGCGCCAUAUAUUGGCCUUGUGCAGGCUGCAAGGAUUACUGUAGGAGUGUGGCAUGAGGGCUACUACAUGCUUGCCCAGCAUUAGGAAGGAGACUGCCAGAGCCCUGACUUUCCUUCCCACACUCAGAGUUCUGGGAAGAUUAAUCAUUGAGAAUAUCUAUUUGGGGGCGCCAACUAUUGGCUUUCGAAAGAUUACCAAAGUCUGUCCGGUUUAUCCAUCUUUGGGAGGGCAGCACAAGACUCUGGCAUCCACAGCUAGUCCAAUGGAAAAAUAAACUGGGAGUAUUUACCUCUGAGCUAAAAAUAAUUGAAAUAAAACUUGCCCUGUUUUUUAUGCCUCUUUCCUCCUUUAUCCUCUUCUCUCUGUGUGUGUCUCCUUCCGGUCUAUUAGGGAACAUUCUGCCAACUUACUUUUGAUAUUUAUGCCUCUAAUUACUUCUACAGCUUGUAUUUUAGAGAAAAGAUGAUUAUCUAAAACUCACCUGUUCUGUAAAAUAACAGUUGUAACAAUAUGUUAAAGGUAAGUACGAUUUUAUAAGUUUUAGACACCAAAGUAGUAGUGGUUGCCAGCACAUUAUGCUGUUCACCUGUACACAAUUCCAUCCUUAUUUAAGACAACAUAUCACAACGUUGAAAACUAUACAUUACCCUGCCCUAGUCUGGACCUUGGAGCUCUCCACAGGCCACACAACCCUCACUGGCCCUGCUUCACACCCUCCUUGAGCUUUUUUGCCUGGUUGGAAUGUAUCAUUUGCUUGCCUGGAUGGAGAUGUGUGUGUGUUUGUAUGUCUCUGUGUGUAGAAACUAGCUUCCUAAAGUAAAAAAAUUAAAUGCACUGCUGUGUCCACCUUUGCCUCUGGCCCUGCCCACCACUGGCAUGUGGUUCCCAGAAGGUUGCCCAGAAGGAGUGUCUCCACCCCCUCCGUUCAGCCUAUUUAGCCUGGACACUGUGGUCCACCUCCUAGGGUUUUCUGGGAGUUCCCUCACUGCCAGAAGUGAAGCUAUGGGGAACCAGGCAGAGGGCCUUCUUGGUAGUGGCACCCACUCUGCGGAACGCCUUCUCUUCAGAUGUCAAGGAGAUGAGUAACUAUGUAACCUUUAGAAGACAUCUGUAUAGGGAAGCUUUUUAAAGUUCAAUGUUUUAUAUAUACUGGAAGCCACCCAGAGUGGUGGGGGCAACGCAGUCAGAUGGGUGGGUACAAAUAACAACAACAACAACAAUUAUUAUUAUUAUUAUUAGCCUCAUGCUAGCCCAGCUUCUAUUUGAACGUUAAAUGGUUUUGCUGAUUUCCGUGUGCGUGCUUUAUUUAUUCUUUUAUCUGUUUUAUUGAUAAUUUUAUUAUGUCCACCAGUUAGAUCGCUGAAUCAAAAAGCUCACUGUUUCUACCUUGUUUUUGUACACCACUUUGACGUGUUUAACAUAAAGUGAUUUAUACAUUUUGGAAAUAAAACAAGAAGAAUGUUUGGGACAGGCCCCGGACAGCUAACUGUUCAUUCAAUAUUUCUAUGACUUCCAAAAAUAAAUAACUUCCAUGUGAGACAACACACCGACCAAUAUUUUUCAAUUUCAAAUGAGGGCUGCGCCAUUGAGCAGACUAAGGAGAUUAGUUGGUUAAAAUAUAAAUAUAAAAUGUAGAUAUAUUUAAUCCAGAUAUAUGAACUGGACCCCUGGUCAAUAAGAGCCUAGAUGGACUACCUGCCCAGACCAAAAUGGCCGCUAUGUUGUUCUUACAAAAAAACAAAACCAUGUUUCCAUUUAAGGAAAGCAAGCAGUUGUUUUUCCUUUUCUCCUAUCUUAACUCCUGAUGGCUUGUCCUGUUCCUUUUCCCACCAGGCCUCUGCCAAUGUCUCCACAACACAGAGGGGCCUUCCUGUGAGCGUUGUGCUGCUGGUUUCCAUGGCAACCCCUUCACUGGCCGCUUUGAUGACUGUAAGCCUUGCCCUUGCCCUGGCCAGACGCCUUGCUUGGCUCUCCCACAGAGCGGAGAGGUGGUCUGUACCCACUGCCCACUGGGACAAAGAGGUGCGUAUAACUAUUGGGGCUGUGCUCAUACGUUAAACCAGUGGUUGCCAAUCUGCCAAUCUGUGGGGUUUUUUUGCUGGUGACCAUGAAGCCUCUGAUUCCUGCUCCACAAACUGCUCCCUUGGUCCUGAGGUGGGUGCCUUAUUUCCCCUUGAAAAGUAAAUAGAUGCUCUUUCCCACUUCCUCCUUUAGCUCUCUUUGCUUUUCAAGGCACCUCUGAGAAUCUCAGUUCUUCUUGGGGUUUUUUAAAGUGCAAGUUGCUGGUCCUUAUGGCUAUGGAACUAAAUCUGGGGAUAUGUUUCUGCCUUUGCCCUCUCCCGUUCUCCUCUGUCUCUCUGUCUUUGUUCGAAUGAACCUCUAUGUUUAUUUUAAACAUUGACUCAUGGAAUCAGCAACAAACAUUUUAUACCUCUGUGUCAUUUGCCAUUAGUGACAGAAAAUCAAUUUCAGAAGGAAAAGGAACAUACAAUUUUGUCUUUAUGGCUUAUAGGGAAGUUUGGAUUCAUGUCAAUGAUGACAAACACCAGAGCAGAGUGAAAUAAUUCUCCUGCUUGAGUUAAUAAUGGCAGAUGGGCUGCUGCUGUAAUGCUUCCUAGGAGACCAACAAGUGAUAUUUUUCAGUCAGUUGAAGAUGGAUUGAAAGAGGAAUUAGUAAUCUUAGUGAAUGCAGUCAUCCCACAGAACAGGAUGAACAAGUUAUAUUCCUAUUGUUCCAAAAACCUACCAACUCUACUCAGCCAGAAAGCACCUGCGUUACAUGUGUAUGCUUUGGAAAGUGAUACCUUUUGCAAACUGCUUUCAGCUCUCUUAGGAACUGCAGUACCAUCUGCAGUCUCUUUUGGUGGGACUUGUUGACAAAACCUGGUUCUCCCUACCUCUGCUGUUCUUCUCUAGGGAGACUCUGUGAGCUGUGUGAUGAUGGCUUUUUCGGCGACCCCCUGGGAAGGAAUGGUCCAGUCCGACCUUGCAGCCCCUGUGAAUGCAACAGCAACGUGGACCCCAAUGCCGUGGGCAACUGUGAUCCUGUCUCAGGCCAGUGUCUCCGCUGCUUAUACAACACAGCAGGAGGACACUGUGAGAGGUGUCAGGAAGGCUUCUAUGGAGAUCCACUAGCCACCAACCAUGCUGUGAAGUGUACACGUGAGUACAGGCCUUCCAUCAUCCUGAGAGCUGCUUGGAAACCUUUUGGUCCAGCAGCAUGCAGAAGUUUAAAAAAGUAUUCCAGGGGUUCCAGCCUCUUACCCAAAGUCCAUUUUUCCUUUUGGAAUGAGGCACAGUGGAGACUGUUGUGUCUUUAUGAUAUUUACACAUAUAUACAACCUGAGCCUACGAUGGAGGGGUUCACAGCAUCAACACCCCAAAAGGGUCUUGUUUCUCCUACAGUUGCAGCCUUGGAUUCAAACAGAAAUCAAACAUUGCUCUCAAAUGUUGCUCUGUCUCUCUCUCCAGCUUGCUGCUUUACUGCAAAUGUUCAACUCCCAACUUUGCUCUUGAUUUUGUCAUUAACAUAGAUAAAGAAAGGAGUCUAUAUUUCUUGGAAAGUAUCUCUUUUCAUUAUGCCUUUAUCACCCUCCUGUGUCCGGUGAGAUGCUCUGACAUUGGCGUAGGUCAGAUAUUAUUUCCCCAUUUUUAAAAGAAAGAGGGGGCCCUGUGUCCUGCCCACUUCCACGUGGGCUUAUCGGCGCGACACCUUCAGUGACUCUCCCAUAACAUGGAAGCUGCAAAAUAUGGAAACUGAGAAUUCUUUUAGGCUGCGUCCAGUCUUCCUGGAUUUCCUGUGCUAAAUGGAAAUUGUAGCAAGAGCAGUGGGCCCUGUUGCUGACCUUGGUUUCGCUGAUGAAUGUCCAGCCUUGCUGCCUUCUGGAGCUAAUCUUUAAACCAAUUGAUGCUUCUGGACACUUCAAAGGCAACUAAAAAGGAAAAAUAAUCACAAAAUUAUGGUUUCCACAAAAUCAUAAAUUACAACACAGGUGGGAAACCUCAGACAACACUAUCUUAAUCAUUUUUUAAGGAGUGUUUUUGCCUGGCGUGGAUAGAGAGGGAUGUAAAUGUGUGUAGAAACAACCCUACUGUAAAAAGGUAAAAUUUACAUUCAUUGCCCCACCUUUUUUUGCUUCUGGCCUUGACCACUUCUAUGAAGCAGCUCUAGAACAAUUGCAUAUAAGGACAUAUCCUGUUUUGGAUAGCCAACAUGCCCAUCCAGGCGGAUUUUUACAUUUUAAUGGAAAUGUCCAGGUUUGGGGUUUAUUUUAUUUUUUGGUUUUCGGGUGGGGAGGCAUGCACAUGCUUGGGAGGGCACUGUGCCCCAGAAGCGCCACAGUGGAGCGAGGCCAUCACAGCAAAGAGCAAAGAUCAGGUAGGAGCUGGGGUUCUGCCUCCACUUGGCCUGGCAGUGGCUCAGCCUCGGACUGCUCUGCAUGCCGUGGCCCACUGGAUGGAGUAUCCAUUUGUAUGUGGCCCUUGGAAUGUUGAAUGCAAUAGAAUGUGGCCCUGAGGCCAAAAGAAGCUCCCCACCCAGGUUUAAAACAAUAAAAACUAUUUAUUUUUGAAAAAAACAAACAAGCCAACAGAAUGGAAAAUUUAGAUUUUAAAUGCACACAACAAAUAUGGGUUGCUUGUUGAAUGGGGGGCCUGUGUUGUGCCAAGGCCAGUAGGCUUAGCCCACCAAGUAUUUAAGUGUAAGAAUGUAUUUUCCCUCCCCUCAUCCUUCCUAGCCUGCAAGUGUAACCCUGGAGGCUCUACCAAUGGAGCAGCGACUUGUGAUGAUGUCACCGGUCAGUGCAUCUGCCUCCCCCAUGUGACUGGGCGGGACUGCAGCCAAUGCCAAGCAGGUUAUUAUGACCUCCAGCCAGGAAAGGGUUGCAAAAGGUAAUCAGGUGGAGUGGGUGGGAAGGAAGGGUGGGGGAGAAAAUGAUUUUUAGAGAAAAAUCAGGCAGGGAAUAUGUAAUAUAGAAGGAACCUGCCUUAUACUGAGUCAAACCAUUGGGUCCAUCUAGCUCAAUAUUGUCUACACUGACUGGCAGCAGCUCUCCAGUAUUGCAAGCAGGUUUCUCUCCUUGCCCUACCUGGAGAAGCCAGAGGCUGAACCUGUGACCUUCUGCAUGCAAAGCAGAUGCUCUUCCUCUGAGCUACAGCCUCUUCCCAUAGCCUAUUCUGUGGUUAAACAUAUUCUGAUUACUAUUGUACUGCUGAUUGGAGUUCAAUAUUGUGACAAGUAUACCCUAGUUAUGGAGCUGAACAACCUCGUCAUACAUACUUGCUAAGAUUUCUUGUUAUGGCAGUGAACUUUGACUUUUAUUGAUAAUUAUAGUAUUUGUUUUACUUUCCUUAAAGGUUUUUCCCAUUUUGGGGUGGUUGUUUUUUCAAAAUUUCUGUACUAAUUGAUUGUAAAUGAAACUUUACAGCUGUUUACAAAACAAAACAAAACAAAACAAAACAUAAAAACAUUAAAAUUAUCAAUAAAACACUGAGGUUCUAUUUACAGUCAGGUGGUGUAUAAAAUUAAUUAAUUAGGGCAGGCAGGCAGUCCCAUAGUUUUUCCACCACAUAGGAUGUCCGGUAUCUUUUCUGAGCCAACUUAACGAAUCUUAACAGUGUGUGGUUGAGAAGGACCUGGAAGCAAAUCUUAGUGCAGAACAAUGGUUCUCAAAGUUUUCCUCUGGGUCAUAUUUUCAGAAGAAACAUUUGCUUGUGCCACUUCUAUUUUUAUUGAUAAGAAAUACAUUGGAAAACAAAAAGAAACAACUCUUAGCAUUGUUGGAUUUUGAAAAGCUAUCUAUCCAUAUUCUGCAAAUAAAUACAAAUAAUAUUGUGAUGGCAUAAUCUACCCUACUACCCUGAGAUGUUUGUUAUUUUCCUUUGAUUGUCCUUGAAUCUUCCCGCCGUACUUGCCAUCCUCUCUUGCCACACCAUUGCGGCAAACCACACCCUUUGAGAACCACUGGCACAGAGACAGGAUUAUAUGAGCAGGCCAUUGAGUAACCUGGUUCUAAGCUGUUUCUUCUUCUCUCUCUAUCUCUCCCUCUCUCCCCCUCCUCAGUUGCCAAUGUCACCCAGUAGGUUCUCAACACAGCCGCUGCCACCCGCUCACAGGGCAAUGCUCUUGUCAACCUGGCGUGGAAGGUGUGUCAUGUGAUCAGUGCCAGGCUGGUUUCUUUGGCUUCUCAUUCCAAGGAUGCCGAGGUAACUCCAGCGCCUGAUUGAGCGUCUUCACAGUUUGCUAUAGUGUCUUGUCCUGGAUGCAGGGCUCUCUUUCUCUUUGGGCUUCCUCCCUGCACUCCACUGGAAUGCAACUGAUUAAGAGGAUCUGUCAUAAAAUGGGGUGGAGAUGGGGUGGAGACUGAUAAAUUAGUCACAAUGUGGAGCAUCCUGCAGAAGAGCCUGGAUCAGGUUAAAGGCUAGUCCAGCAUCUCAUUCUCACAGUGGCCACCAGAUGCCUGUGCGAAAUGGCAAGCAGGACCCAACAGUACUCUCCCCGUUGGUGAUAUCCUGCAGGGGCGCCAAUUUGAAUAAACUAUGGGGGGCAGGUCCUAGCAACAGAGGUACCUAGAGCUGGUGAGAUGGUUUAUUCCCUACUCAAUCCACUUUUUAUCCCUAAAACAGUUCUGUGAGGUUGAUUGUUUUCAAAAACAGCAGCUGGUCCAAGGCUAUUCUGAACACAACUCUCUCCAAGCCCAAGUUUCUAGGCAUCUGGUAGUCUCUCCCCCCCCCCCCCAACCCAAAUCGACAAGUCCUUGCUGCAAAAUUAUGCAUUUGCCUGCUUGGGCAUAUUUUUAGGACACCUUAUUUCUGUGACAGUAGGCUUUAAUUUAAAUUGCUUUUAAACAUUGUGAUUUAAUUGUUGUAAGGAGCUCUGGGUCCUUGGGGUAAAGGGUAGAAAGAAGAAGAGGAGGAGGAGGAGGAGGAGAGCUUUACCCUGUUCACUUAUGGGGAGGGUAAAUGGCGAAAUGAUAAAUAAGAAAUUAUCUUGAUGGUUUUUGCUCUCUUGCCAUCCAGCAAUCCUUUUACAAGUUCGUUUACAGGGCUUGUUGGGAAACAAAGUCUAAAAGUAGAAUAGAAAGAAAGGCAGCAAUGCCCAUCAACUUUGGGUCCCUCCAGCCACCUCAAACAUUUUAAGGGGUGGCAAAGGAACCUGAGUUCCAAGCAGCAGGUAUUCAAAGGCUUGCUGCUUCUGAUGGUGGAGGCAGAACAUAAUCAUCAUGGCAGGUAGACACUGAUAGCCUUAUCCUCUAUGAAUAUGUCUAAUCAGCUUUUAAAGCCAUCUGAGUUGGUGCCCAUCAUUGUCUCUUGUGGGAGCGAAUGAACUAUGCAUUUUUACCACAUAAAUUACGGUGAUAUUGAACACCCUGCAAGAAUAGGUGGCCCUGAGCUAUAUUAAGAAUCAUCUGAGCUGGAGAUACUCCAUUAUCCUAAAAAGAAAUCUCACUAUUUCUCUUCCCUUUGCCCACCUCUGGAAGCCUCCCCAAAAGCUGGAAAGGUGGGAUGUUAUUCCAAGUUAGACCACUGCUCUGUCUAGCUCAGUACUGCCUGCACUGACCGGCAGUGGCUCUUAGAGAUUUUAGACUCAGGUCUUUCCCAUUCCUACCUGAAGAUGCCAGGGAUUGAACCUGAGGCCUUCUGCAUGCAAGGCAGGUGCUCUAUCACCAGACUAUGUCCUUUCCCCUUCUACUCCUCCUUCCCAUGCAUGCUGUGUCCCCAAAUUAAGAGUCACACAUAUUGUUUUCUUACUUCCAGCCUGCAACUGCUCCCAGCUCGGUUCUGUCUCCCUCCAGUGCCAUGACAACAGCACGUGUGUGUGCAAGCAAGGCUUUGUGGGGUACAAGUGUGACCAAUGCAAAGUGAACCACUUCUAUGACCCUGGGAGCAAUGAGUGCCUGGAGUGUCCUAUUUGCUACAGUCUCGUGAAGGAAGAGGUAAAACCCACCGCUUGCUUGCUUGCUUGCAUCAGCCCGUCAGUCAGCCAAUCAGCUAAUCAGACAUUUUAGUCAGAUUUGCUAAAUGUAUAGUUAGCCAAUUAACCCCAUUAAAAACAAAAAUACUUCCUUAAUAUAUUUCUAGACUACUGUCCAUCCCUUAAGAUCCCUGGUAUCAAAACAACAGCAAUCAUAAACCAGUUAAUGCAACCAAACAUGUAAAUUAACAAUUGUGAUAACUGUAUUUCUGUGGGCAAACAGAGCAUUUCAUUUUGAGCUGGUCUCACCAGCCAUUCAACUCAGAACGCCCACCAAAGCCUGGCUGAACAGCUACGUCUUAAGGCAAAGGAAGGUGCCAUGUAAACCUCCAAGUGGAGGGAGUUCCAGAAGUGGGGUGCCGCUGGUGAGAAGGUUCUAUCCCAUGUCACUAUACAGUAGACCCAACACUCUUUAGCAUAUCUUAGGGCCUGUUCAGGUUGGCAUAAGGAAAGAUGCUUCUUCAGUUAUUUGGGUCCCAGGUUUUUUAAGUACUUCAUAAGUUAGCAUCAUUGGAUCCAGUAGCAUAUAUGCAAUCAGUACAGCUCCUUUAAAAUUGGUGUUGUAUGGGUGAGAUUGGCUACACCACUCGGCGCUCUAACAGUUGCAGCAUCUGGACUGUCUUCAAGGGUAGCCAGCCCCAUGUAGAAUGCAUUGCGGCAAUCAAAUUAGGGAGUUACUACAUCAUGAAUUACUGUGGCUAGGCAGUAAUAUUUAAAUUUAGAUAAUUUAGUCAAAUUUAUGGCUAGUCAACCAAUGUUUUUGUUGAUUUAGUUGCAUUUAUAUACAAAUAUGAAGCAGAAUCUGAUUAUGUGUGAGGCUAAUUGGCCCCUGUGAUAUCGCCAAGAACCAGGAACAUUUUAAAAUUUUAAUUGAUAAAUUUCUGGAUUGAAUACAUGUAUUCAUUUCUAAGGCUGUGUUGUUGAGUGGUAGUUUCAAGUUUUACAUUUUUGUAUUGCCCUUUUUAUCUUUCGUCAUUUCUGAGUUUAAGACAUUUUAGACAAGCAUUUGCCCGGGAAAGUUGCCUAAACUUAAUCAAAUAAAUUAUUUUCUACCCUUUGCACUAUACGACUGUCUUUUACUAUCAUGUCUGCAUUUCUUCCCAAAAGCCAUCUUGUUUCAGACUCAUUUCCUCUGCAAGCAGCAAGUUGUGGAACCCAAGCUCAGGGUUGUACCCUGAGGCUGUCUUUUUGUAUUAUGUAUGUCUUCCCUGGAAAGCCAUCCCAUAUUGCUCUCUUUCUCCCUGCAGGCAGACAAUUUGAAGGCCAAGUUGACAAAGAUGGAGUCAUGGUUGGAGAAACCAAAUUGUGGCAUGAUGAGGGCACGUUAUUAUUCUGCCAUGCUGCGGGACGCGCCACGGGGUGACACUCUCCACAGCCGUUACCUGUUGAAAGGUAAAGAGAUUGGGUGGGUUGGAAAGGGGUCUUCCUUUUCUGUUGGAGCACAGGAAAUAUCUAGAAGGGACUUUCAGACCCACCAACAGAGAAUCCUCCCAAUUUUCAUCAAACUAGCAACUCAAGAGUGUCCUAGGAUUUGCCUCGAAAAAGGUCAAGUAUAUGGAUGAAUGGGUCAUUCUGUGUCUUCUUCAUGUGCAUUUCACGUGUGUCCAUCUUGUUCCACACCUUGCUCAAAAAUGGGAGAGAAAAGGUGAUUGGCAGGCCUACCGUCUAAAAGGCACAACAAAAAGGAAAAGGAAUUGAGAUUGAGGAAGACAACAACUGGCACUGAUUUUUGGUUAAAAACAGUUAUUUUCUUCUAGAAAAAGGGUUCUGGUACUCACCAUGAAGUUGUUACAGUAAGUGCCACACUUUUAACCAGUGCUUUUCUUCUAGGAAAAAAAAGGUGCUGGUACUGUGUACCCUUGAGAGCCCCCUGAAAGAAGCACUGUUAUAAAGUUCCCAGAAGUGUUCCUUCUGCCAGGAAGGAAGCAAACAAGCUCUAAGGAAUGUAAGAAGCUACCUUGAGCCAUUGGGCUGCCAAGCUCACUGUUGUCUACACUGGACAGCAGCAGCUGUCUCAGGUUUCAGGCAGCCCUACCUGGAGAAGCUGAGGAUUGAACCUGGGGCCUUCUGCAUGCAAGGCAGAUGCUCACCCACUGAGCUACAGUCCUCCCCCAGCCCUUACAAUACCCUGUAGCUGGUCAUUCUUUCGCCAGUGGAUACAGCCAGGUUAGUCUCUUCCUAGCCAUGAUGUUCUUUCUGCGAGGCAGAGAGUGCAGCUUCCCUUGGUUCUCUGGUCAAUUGCAGAGGCUAAAACGUUGUACCCUCCUGCCCUGCACUCUAUGCACAAUACCUAUGUACCUCUCCACUACAAAGGAGUUGAUCAGAGAACACCCCCCCCCAAACAUAUCCCAUAAUUCUCCAUAUCCAGCUUUUCUCUGGCACAGCCCCAAGCAUGUGAAGUAGCCAUUGCAAAGAGCAAUUUUUGUCCCCUGCAGGUGCCAAAGUGGCUUUCCUAGAAGAGCUUGCUGAGCUGGAGAGCCUAGUGCAUGAUGCAGAGAGCCGGCUGAGGAACACCAGUGAGAUUAUGGGCUGUGACAACCAGAGUGGCACCAAGGGCUGCCUCCUCCUCACUGACAUCCUGCCCAUCCUGCAGUCCACACAACAACAGAUCCAGAUGGCCACCGACACACUGGAUGCCAUGGUACCACACCGAGAGUGGAGCUGGCAUGGCGCAGAAUUCAAAAGCAUCCAUGGGCAAAGGCACAGCUCGCCAAGUGCCAGAGAUCAGCUGAUCACUGUGUGCUGAAGGCUGGUCCAUUAGGGAGAACAGGGCACUGCCCCACCAACCUCAGUCUGCCCUUUUCCAUCCCUGCCCUUCCUGCCUUCUUCCUUACAACCAGUUCAGAGGGAGGCCAUGCCUGUCAGCUUUCUCCUCCUUAGUAUCAGUGUUGCCCUUAGAGAAAAUAGCAGGGUGAUAGGGACAAAACUAGAAUGAGUUGGCUCCGCCUCUCAUUGUCUCUGACUCUGCUUCCUGUUCCAGCCCACCAGCACCACUGACCACCAGAUACCACUGUAUCUGGAACUCGUAGAGCACUGUCCGCUGGGCUUCACAGAUCCUGACAAUUGGCUGAUAGUCAGCUUAUGAAGCCUGAUAUACAGCUACGUCUUUAUCUGCUGCACGCUUGGCAUCAUAUCAGAAGGUGGUGUAGAGCAGGUGACCUUGGCCAGAAUGGCCUGGCAGGCCAAAUGGGCAAUCUGGCAGGCUUAAUCAGGCCCCUGAGCCAGAGGUUCCCCAUUGAUGCUCUAGCCCCACAUCUUGUGUUUAUGGGAAGCUUGCAAGGAGUAUAUUAUUUUCAGAAGUGUAUUGCCAGAGAAGAGAGUUUUCUCCAGAAAAACAGAGGAUUUUCCCUCCUUCCCUUAAAGGAGUUUCCUGCUGAGAUGUCGCACCAGCCCACCAACUGGACCCACCAGGCACAGGAGUCUAGAGUGCUGGCCCAGAGGUAUGUUUCACAUAUUCACAAUUGAAUAUAUAAGUUCCAACUUAGAAUGGACUAAUGUGUUCACUGAUUUCAGUAGGGCGGCCCAGAGUGCGAUGAAGGCUGCGUACACACCAUAUGUUUAAAGCACAUUCCUCUGCCCCCCAAAAUCCUGAGUACUGUAGUUCACCCAAUUAAUCAACUAGUAGCAAUUGGACAGGGACACGUGGGUUAAACCACUGAGCCUAGGACUUGCUGAUCAGAAGGUCGGCGGUUCGAAUCCCUGCGACGGGGUGAGCUCCCGUUGCUCGGUCCCUGCUCCUGCCAUCCUAGCAGUUUGAAAGCACGUCAAAGUGCAAGUAGAUAAAUAGGUACCGCUCCAGCGGGAAGGUAAACGGCGUUUCCGUGCGCUGCUCUGGUUUGUUAGAAGCUGCUUAGUCAUGCUGGCCACAUGACCCGGAACCUGUACGCCGGCUCCCUCGGCCAAUAAAGCGAGAUGAGCGCUGCAACCCCAGAGUCGGCCACGACUGGACAAAAUGGUCAGGGGUCCCCUUUACCCUUUACCUAGCGAUUGGACUGGUGAGAUUGCCAGCAAUGCCAAAGUCACUCUGUUUUCUCUCUUCUCUCCACAGCCAUAUGGAGGCUGCAGCCUUGGUGGAGGACACUGCCCAAAAGGCCAUGCUCCUGUCCAAGAACAGCUACCACCUUCUACAGAGUAUCAUAGAGGACAAUGCAAACCUGGAGUUUAGGGGACAGAUGGAAGAGAGGUGAGCUCUUGGGGAUGUAGUCCAGCAUUCUUUUUCCACAGUGGCCAAGUGGGUGCCCAAAUGCAAAGCCUGUAAGCAUCUGCAGUUAUCAUAUUGUUGACCCUGAGUUACACUGUUCUCAGUUCUAGAGGGCAGGAGAAACAUAUAUACAGUAUUAGAAACAUCUUAAUUAUUAGCCAAUCAGUUCUAUCCGCAGCCAUUUUUUCCUGCGAGCAUGCAGACAAGAGUUCUCUGCCCCUCAACAAACCUUAACCUCAGAGAGGAACAGAUAUGUUUAGACUGAAGGCAAUGAGGAUGUUUUCAGUCCAGCUCAUCUGCUCCACAAAUGUUAUGGCCAUCUUCAUAAGCAUAUGAUUAACAUCAUAUGAGGGACCAUCAUAAUUUGCUUCAAGUUUUGAUCUAGGCAAAAUGAGGUGCAAAAAGAAAAGAAAAACCCAGCUCCUUAAUUGUUUUGCUAGUAUUUUCCUCUUUGAUGUCAGCUUUAAAUUUUGAUUUCAGUGACUCUGAAGUAAUGACUGGGAGUUUUGAGUCAGCAAAAAUGUCCCCUGGUCUUUCUCAGGAACUUCCAUUCCCAGACCAUGUGAUUGUGUAUCCUGCAUCAAUUUUCUAUUUCUUUUGUUGCCCUAUUGGCUCACAGUUUCCUUUGGCAUCUUCUCACAGCUACCAGAGAAUCCAAAAGGCACAGGAGGAGCUUGGCUUCCGGAUGGAAGAGGCUACAGCCAAAGCUGAGGAGACUUUUGCUUCAGUCCAUCAGGGCAGCAUGGCAAAGAACCUCACGCAGAUCAGUGUCAUAGAGCUGGUGAGAAGUGGGGAAUAAAUGUGCACUAAAUACACCCCCUGCCCCUUUUCACAGGACCAUGUCACAUAAAAAGGGAGGGAGGUAUGCCAUGGGUUGUGGCCAAUAGCAGUCCUACACAAAGUAGACCCAUUGAAACCAAUGGACAUGACUUAUUCCUAUUAGUUUCAAUAGAUUUACUCUGAAUAGGAGCUAGCUGAAUGCAACCCAGUGACUUUGGGGUAUGGGGGUGAACUUUAAGAAUCUGGGGAAUGGCUCUUACCUUUAAAAAUGAGGUGGCAAAGGCUUUUUUCUCCCCCACAUCCCUCAUUCUUGUGAGGAGUCUAUUUGGCUGUUAUUGGCUGACACAUUUUCCAAUUUAAUUAUAGUUUCCCCUGGAAACUUUACUAGUACCCAGGUAGAAAACUGUUGUUCACUGAUUGCUUUUUAUAAUCUCCCAUUGCUGUUUUACUAAGGGUAUCAUACCAUUUUUACUAAUUUGGUUUUAUUCUAUGGGGCUUUUCGUUUCAUUUUUGUAUUGCCAGUUUGAAAGCCACUGAGUGGUGGCAAUGCUGUAAUGACAACAACAAACCAUCUUGCUUGGGUCAGAUCACUUACCGUAUUUUUUGCUCUAUAAGACUCACUUUUCCCCUCCUAAAAAGUAAGGGGAAAUGUGUGUGCGUCUUAUGGAGCGAAUGCAGGCUGCGCAGCUAUCCCAGAAGUCAGAACAGCAAGAGGAAUUGCUGCUUUCACUGCGCAGUGAUCCCUCUUGCUGUUCUGGCUUCUGAGAUUCAGAAUAAUUUUUUUCUUGUUUUCCUCCUCCAAAAACUAGGUGCGUCUUGUGGUCUGGUGCGUCUUAUAGAGCGAAAAAUACGGUAAUAGAAAUUAAACUUCUUCCGGCGUUUCCUCCUACAGCGCCCCUUGGUUCAGCAGGCUGAAAAUCUUACUCAUUGUGCCAAUGAACUGGAGCACCUGGCAGAACAGAAUAAACACCUGGUGGCCAACGGAUCUCUUAUUGUAGAGGCCAAACUGGAGGGCGUGGCUCAGAGGAUGAAGGAGUUGGAACAAGUGAGUUACUCUCUGCUUGGGGCUACAUCUCAUUUCUAACCAGGACAAUUUGCACUGGCAGGAAUGACACAAUUCCUUUUCUUCUUCUGGCUGAGUGCUGUUGUUUGCAUUGACCAAAUGGCAACACUUGUCCACAAGAGGGUGCUGCUAUACAAUCCUAAAAAGUACAAAAUCCCUCUCAGUGUUCUGGCUGAGCGCUGCUGCUUACAUUGAGAAAAUAGCAACAUGUGUCCACAAGAGGGUGCCAUUCACUCCUGAGAUUACAAAAACAAAUCUUAUAACAAAGCAUCAAAAUAAAUUGAGAGAUUAAAAUGCAAUCAAACUGGCUUUAAAAGAGGAUUAGACAAAUUCAUGGAGGAUGAAGCCUUUCAAUAUCAACUAGCCAUGAUGAAAAUACUCUGCCUCCAUGGCUGGAGGCAAUACUGCUUUUGAAUACCAGUUACUGGAAAUCACAGGAGUGGAGAGGGCUCUUGUAGUCAGGUGCUGCUCGUGGGUGGGUUUCCCACAGGUGUCCGGUUUGCCACUGUGAGACCAGGAUGCUGGGCUAGAUGGGCUGCUGGCCUGAUCCAGCAGGGCUCUUCUUGCAUGCUUAUGUUAGCAUAAUAAUAAUAAUUUAUUAUUUAUACCCCGCCCAUCUGGCUGAGCUUCCCCAGCCACUCUGGGUGGCUUCCAAUCGAGUGUUAAGAACAAUACAGCAUUAAAUAUUAAAAACGUCCCUAAACAAGACCGCCUUCAGUUGUCUUUUAAAAGUAAAAUAGUUGCUCAUUGCCUUAUUGCCUUGACAUCUGCUGGGAGAGCAUUCCACAGGGCGGGCGCCACUACCAAGAAGGCCCUCUGCCUGGUUCCCUGUAGCUUUGCUUCUCGCAAUGAGGGAACCACCAGAAGGCCCUCGGCACUGGACCUCAGUGUCCGGGCAGAAUGAUGGGGGUGGAGACACUCCUUCAGGUAUACAGGACCGAGGCUGUUUAGCAUAACUACAAUAUAUCAUAAAAUUAUAUGUACUACCAGGGCUGCUGCACCAAACAGCUCUGCAGGCCUUUGGGAGGCAGAAGUGCAAGAGGGCAUCAAAGGAGGGAUGGAAGGAAAGAGGGACAGAGGCCAGUGCUGCCCACAACACCCCUGACCAUCACUCAAGGCAUCCCAUGGUGCCACAUCACACUAGCUGAAAACCACUAAGCUAAUGAAUAAAUAAUAAUCAUGCACAGAAAAGCUUUCUUUCUUACUUACUUUAUAUACUACCUUUCCCUCCAAGGAGCUCAAGGUGGUAUACAUGGUUCUCCCCAUUUUAUCCUCACAGCAACCCUGUGAGGUAUGGUAGGUAAUGGUAAAAGACCCGUGGAUGGUUAGGUCCAGUCUAAGGCAACUAUGGGGUGUGUCACUCAUCUUGCUUUUCAGGCCAAGGGAGCCGGCGUUUGUCCACAGAAAGCUUUCCAGGUCAUGUGGCCAGCAUGACUAAACUACUACUGGUGCACGGAGGACCGUGACAAGUGCCAGAGCACCUGGAAAUGCCGUUUACCUUCCCACGCAGCAGUACCUAUUUAUCUACUUGCACUGGUAUGUUUUCAAACUGCUAGGUUGGCAGAAAGUUAGACUGAGAGGCAGUUACUGGCCCAAGGUAAUAUUCAUGGCUGUGUUGGAAUUCAAACCCCGGUCUCCCUCGUCCCAGGCCAGUGCUCUAACCAUUACACCUCCCUGUCUCUCAACAGAAUAAAAACAACCAAAUAGCAGCAGGAAAAAAUAAGACAGUAAUGAUGUUAGUAACGGGUAUAUUGCUCUGAGCUGCUUUUCUUAGGCAAGUGGAAAACAAAGGAGGUCAUCUGCCAUGAGCAGCCCCAAAAGUGACAUUGGCAAACCUAACCCAUUUAAUGAUAUUGAGCCAAUGGGUAAAGCCAAUCAUACUGAAUCCUGAAAAUGACCCUUGGUUUCCCUCUCUCCCAGCUUGACUGAGAAUGCUUUAGGAUCAAUGCCAAAAUACUGACCUCAUACGAUUUUCCAGGACCCUCAGUACAUAGCUAAAACAAACCUUGAGGAAUAUUUAUACAAAUGAAUGAGUUGGAGGAGUUGUUUUCUGGUUGCAGAACAUGGCUUCAACACUAAUCCAUUUUGCAGGCUGAGCCUCUUGGGCUUGCUGAUCGAAAGGUCGGUGGUUUGAAUCCCCGCAACGGGGUGAGCUCCCGUUGCUUGGUCCCUGCUCCUGCCAACCUAGCAGUUCGAAAGCACGUCAAAGUGCAAGUAGAUAAAUAGGUACCGCUCUGGCAGGAAGGUAAACGGCAUUUCUGUGCACUGCUCUGAUUUCACCAGAAGUGGCUUAGUCAUGCUGGCCACAUGACCCGGAAAAACUGUCUGCGGAAGCAGACAAACGUUGGCUCCCUUGGCCAGUAAAGCGAGAUGAGCGCCACAACCCCAGAGUCGUUUGUGACUGGACUUAAUGGUCAGGGGUCCUUUACCUUUACCUAUGCCUACAGGAACACGUGUGAAGCCCUUCCUCAGUUGAGGCUUCCACGGUGAAUGGAGAGCUCCCAGUGCACACGGUUCAAAUCACCUGCAUUUAUAAAAAAAUAUUGCUGGAUCACUGUGAAUGUAUUUUGGAGCUACUAUUACAGUUGUAGCCCAGCCCCUCUCUCUCUCUCUCUCUCUCUCUCUCUCUCUCUCACACACACACACACACACACACAUACUUUUAAGAGAAUUUCUUUAAGAGCAGACUUACGGAUGUUUUCUAUCUCCCCUUUCUUGCUUUGAUAACAAGAUUGGGUAGUGCUUUUCUUAGGUACAUGGCAUGUUUCUGCCAAACUUAGGGACUCUCUUUUUAAAAAAUAAUGGUGCAUUUAAACAAAAUCUAGGUUGCCUCCAACACUGUGCAUGGAAAUGGUUGGUCUUUUAGUGUGACACCACCUACACUUUGGAACUCCCUGCUGAUUGACAGAAGGCGGGUACCUUUGCUGUACAGUACUUACUUUGGUACUGCUUAAAACAUUUUUGUUUAAUCAAGGCUGUCCAGGUCAAGCCAAUUUGUGUUUUAAUCUUUUAAUCCUUACUGUUGUUUUUAAUUAUAUUGUGAAUGUUUUUAUUUUUUAAAAAAAGAUAUUUAUUAAAAUUUUCAAAAUAUUACAAAAUGAAAAAAGAAAAAUACAAAAUAAAAGUAGUUAAAAACAACUCAAUCUUUCCGUUACUUACCUUUCAUUGGCUUGUUUCCCGGACCUCCUCGCGCCUCCCUUUUUUGUAUUCCAAUUCCGUUUGUUAGUUCAGCAAAUCCUUCCCCUCUUUGUUUAUCCUAGUCUUUAAUCUUAAAAUAUUAUGACAUUGAAUUUUAACCUAUUAAUAAUCCAUUUUUCAUAUUCCCUUAUAAUAUUACAGCUAAAAAUCACUUAAUUUCUAUCCAACAUCAUUCUAACAUUCAUUAAUUUUGCAAUAUUUCUGUAGAUAGUCUUUAAACUUUUUCCAAUCUUCUUCCACCGACUCUUCUCCCUGGUCUCGGAUUCUGCCAGUCAUUUCCGCCAAUUCCAUAUAGUCCAUCACCUUCAUCUGCCAUUCUUCCAGGGUGGGUAGAUCUUGUGUCUUCCAAUACUUUGCAAUAAGUAUUCUUGCUGCUGUUGUGGCAUACAUAAAGAAAGUUCUAUCCUUCUUUGACACCAAUUGGCCGACUAUGCCCAGGAGAAAGGCCUCUGGUUUCUUCAGGAAGGUAUAUUUAAAUAUCUUUAUCAAUUCAUUAUAAAUCAUCUCCCAGAAAGCCUUAAUCCUUGGGCACGUCCACCAAAGGUGAAAGAAUGUACCUUCAGUUUCUUUACAUUUCCAACAUUAAUAUCGGGCAGAUGAUAGAUUUUUGCAAGCUUGACUGGUGUCAUGUACCACCUGUAUAUCAUUUUCAUAAUAUUCUCUCUUAAGGCAUUACAUGCCGUAAACUUCAUACCUGUGGUCCAUAACUGUUCCCAGUCAGCCAUCAUUAUGUUAUAUCCAACGUCUUGUGCCCAUUUAAUCAUAGCAGAUUUCAUCGUUUCAUCCUGAGUAUUCCAUUUCAACAGCAAGUUAUACAUCUUUGAUAAAGUCUUAGUUUUGGGUUCUAACAGUUCUGUUUCUAAUUUUGAUUUUUCCACCUGGAAGCCAAUUUUCUUGUCCGAAUUAUAUGCCUCCAUUAUCUGAUAAUAAUGAAGCCAAUCUCCCACUUUAUUUUUUAGUUUCUCAAAACUCUGCAGUUUCAAUCUGUCUCCCUCUUGUUCCAGAAUUUCCCAAUAUUUCGGCCAUUUGGCCUCCAUAUUGAGCUUUUUCAGUGCUUUCGCUUCCAUCGGUGACAACCAUCUUGGGGUUUUAUUUUCAAGUAAAUCCUUAUAUCUUAUCCAGAUAUUAAACAAUGCUUUCCUGACAAUAUGGUUUUUGAAUGCUUUAUGUGCUUUGACCUUGUCAUACCAUAAAUAUGCAUGCCAUCCAAAUACAUUAUUAAAACCUUCUAAGUCCAAGAUGUCUGUGUUUUCAAGAAGCAGCCAUUAUUUCAACCAGCAAAAGGCUGCUGAUUCAUAAUAAAGUUUAAGGUCUGGCAGGGCAAAUCCGCCUCUUUCGUUUGCAUCCGUUAAUAUUUUAAAUUUUAUUCUAGGCUUCUAUCUUGUGAAUGUUUUUAAUACCUAUUUUUAAGUGUGUUUUAUUAAUAGCUUUAAAGUUUUAUUUUUUGUGUGUGGCUCAUUAGAGGUUUUAUUAUAAUUAAACAGAAUAUAAACCUUGUGAAAUAAACAAAUAGGCAAAACAGGUGGGGGUAGAAAACCCUGAUCAUUUUUGUUUUUUGUAGCUAUGGCAAAGGACAAAUGACGCCCACACACAGGCAUCCUCAUCGCUCUCAAAGGGGGAGGCUGUGCUCUCCGAAACAAAGACCUUGUUGGCUACCUUGGAUGGUAAGAAAAGAGUGCCUGAUCAAUUACCUCCAUGAUGAGUAGGCUACCUUGAUUUAUAUCUAGAUCAGCCUUGGCCAACCUAGAACCCUCCAUAUGUUUUUGGACUGCAACUCCCAUUGGCCCCUGAGAGGACAGCGAUAUCAUAGAAUCAUAGAGCUGGAAGGAACCAUGAGAGUCAUCUAGUCCAACCCCCUGCAAUGCAGGAAUCUCAGCUAAAGCAUCCAUGACAGAUGGCCAUCCAACCUCCACUUAAAAACCUCCAAGGAAGGAAAGUCCAACACCUCUCAUGGGAGUCUGUUCCAUUAUUGAACAAGUUCUUCCAGAUGUUUAGUCGGAAUCUCCUUUCUUGUAAAUUGAAGCCAUUGGUUCAAGUCCUACCCUCCAGAGCAGGAGAAAACAAGCUUGCUACAUCUUCCAUAUGACAGCCCCUUAGGAUACUUUUGUUAUCCAACGGUAUUUCGCUUUCCAUUCUUGAGUUGGGAAUAGAGUAGUUGUUUUAGAAGACAAUAAUCAGACAUCCUGACAACAUGACCAGUCCAACAAAGUUGAUGUUGAAGAACAUUAAACUGUCUGUGUAGCAGUUACACAAAUGCAUGCUUACUGUUCCGUAAAGGUAGAUCUUAAUUCUUAUCACCCACAGAAAGGGGUUGACCCUUCUAUCUCCCACCUGGAAGCUUCCCUUUCUUCUCCCAGCCUCCCACCCUGGGAGAACUUCCCCUUCCUGCCUCUCACACAGGGUCCUUCACCAACUAGCCAUCACCUUCAUUUGCAUAUAGUGCCCUCAUUGACUCAUAAAAAAAACAGAAGCAAAAACAAAGAAAAGAAAGAAAAAGAAACAGGAAGAUAAAAAUAAUACAAGAGUGAGAAAAGAAAGGGAGGGAGAGAGAGAGAGAGAGAGAGAGAGAGAGAAAGCACUUAUUCUCAAUCAGGAUAGAUAGAUAGAUAGAUAGAUAGAUAGAUAGAUUCAACGUAUUCAGUCCAGAAUGAUAUCCAGCUAUUCCUCCUUCUACUAGGCAAUAUUUUUCCAGUCAUCAUACCCAGACGCCUCAAGUCAAUUCCUGUUCCCUUCCACACAAAAAGUUUAAAAGGGGUUCUCCUGUUGCUGUUGUUGUUGUUGUUGUUGUUGUUGUUGUUAAUAAGUGCCAACAAUAGUCUUCCUCCAGUCCAGCAUAACAACUUUACCUCCAAAAACUUUAGCAACACUUCAUGUUGAGAAACAAUAAAUCCUUCAUCUUUAUUCAUACAGGAGUCUCUCCACUAUGGUCAUAUAUUAAAACAGUAAUCUAUAGUUAUUUGCUUAUUGUAUAUUCAUAAAUUCAAGCCCAGUUCAAUAUAUUCCAUUCCCAUUUCCCAUUGGCUGCAAUUUCCAUCCUAAGUUUAGCAAAAGGGGGGGAAAAGAUCCUUCCAUUUUAGCUUCUUCAAACCAUAGUCUCCCAGGUCUGAUGCGCUAACCAUUACACCACACUAGAUCUCAAUAUCAUAAUCAGGAUAACCAAGCUCUUUACUCCCUUGCCAUCAGGGAUGAAGAGGUUGGGUGCACGUCACACGCGCCAGUCUGCCACAAACAGGAAAAUGACAGUUGUGCGGGAUCGGGCAAUAGCAGAGGCCCAGAAGAAGACCAGACAAGCUCAGAAGAUUCUGGGAGAUUCCUUUUCAGUCUCUGCUGAGGCCCAGAAAACUGCCAACAAUGCAGAGUUAGUCGCAAAGGAAGGCGCUAAGGUAUGAACAGCCCACACCUGUGAAGCUUAAGGCCUACUGUUAAGUUCAGCCCACUUCUCCUGAGGGGUGAGGUCCUCUAGAGGAGCACAGGGCUUGCCUGGGUUUGGUUUCCUUUGGAAGGAGUUCCCUGGGGGUUUCUUAGUGCCUCAUAUUAUUUGUGUUCAUUUACAAACACACAGGUUGAGCAUAGAGGCUGCAGCAGCCCACAGCACCCAGUAGACUUCAGGGCUGAAUGGGGAUUUGAACCCUUAGGUCCUAGCAUGAUGCUCUUAACCAUGACACCACCCUAGCUUGACCCUGCCUGCUAUUUCUUUUAGAUUUCCCACCCUCUAAUGGCCCUCCACAGCAACCCAUCCUCCUCACCUGUUUUUGUCAUCCUCUUCAACAGAAGGCGCAGGACACACUCAGAGAAGCAAAGAGGGAGAAAAAGCGUGUGGAUAAACUUAAGGCACGUGUUGCUUUGACCGUGGCAGAAGCCUCCAGGCAGAAGCGCGAGUCUGAAGAACAUGGCAAUGACCUCGCUGGACCUGGACAAGUCAGUGAUGGUUUGGAUUCAUUAGCUGGAGGGGGUGCACUGCUAGGGUUGUUGAAGGACCAUAGCUCAGGGGCAGAGGAUCUCCUUUACAUGCAGAAUCCCCAGCAUGUCCAGGCAGGGCUGGGAAUGUCCCCUGUCUGAAAGCCUGGAGAGCCACUGCCAGUCAGUGUCGGCUAUACUAAGCUAGAUGGACCCCAGUAGUCUAUGACUUAGUAUAGGGCAGCUUCCUGAGUUUCCUGUGGUAUCCCUUUUUAAAGAACAUGACUCCACUUUCCAUAAAUCUUUGGUUUACUCUGAAUAUUGUUUGUUUGCGCCAGGGAUGAGGAACCUUUUCAAGCCCAAGGGCUGCCUUCCUUCAUGUGCAGCCUUUCAGGGGCCGAAUGCUGAUGGUGGAUGUGGUGGGUGUGGGAAAGCAAGAGGCAUCAUUGCAGUUCAAGGACACGUGAAAUCAUUAGAGGAAGGUGCAGAGUAGGGCCCGUGAGAGGUGUGGCCUGGGCACAGUCCCAAUGGCCAGAUAGGGAAGCCUGGGGGGUCCACUUUCGCCCCCUGGCUCUGAGGUUCCCCAUUUUACAACAUGUGCUCCAUGUCUUACGUUGAUAUAUCUCUAGAGCCAUAUCCAUGGACUGAUCACCUAUUUCAGGGUGGGGGCACCUUUUGCAACCCAAGGGCUGCACUCCUUUGUGGGGAACUUUCGUGGGUGGGGGCCUACAUGCCAGUGGCGGAUGUGGCCAGAGGCAAAACUGGGCAGAGCCAUGGAUGUGACCUGUUCCUUUGUCAGGAGAUUACAUACUAGCCAUCCAAAAACCAGAGGUUUGGACACACACACCAUACAUCUUUCCAACCAGGCAAGCGAGAGGCAUGACCACAGUUUAAGGAUGCAUUCCAGGGAGGCAAAAGCACUUGGAGAGGUUGCAGAGAAUGCCUGGAGAUGGGUGUGCGGCAAGGAGAGCAGGGCAGGGCCUCAGGAGAGCCCCAAGAGCUGGAUAGGGACAGGCCUAGAGGGUUGCUUUUGUCCUCUGGGUCCAAGAUUCCCCACUGUUGCGCGUGUCAAGGGGUUAAAAGAUACCUUUGUGGUCCCUGCCAAUCCUACAAUUCUAACGCACAGACAAUCUCAUCGGAAGGUUGCAGCGGAGAUGAACGAUCUUGAGAAGAGCCUCCGAAAUGCCCAGGGCUCCUUGGAGAUGGACAUUGCGACGCUGAACAGCCUACUCACCAGUCUCGGUGAGCAACCAACACCACUUGGCUGUUUUUAUUUCCAUUGAGUGUGGUGUGAGAAUAGUUGGUUGCAAGCAAUUCAAGGAAGCGCAAUGAACCUCAUAAGUCCAGAGAACAAGGCCGGCCCUGUUGUUAGGCAGAAUGAAAUGAGUGCAUCAAGCGGCUGAUGGGAAUGGCAAAGAGCAGCAGUGAAUGGCAGAGCUGUGUGUGGCCUGUGGCCUGCCCUGGCUUUGUCCUUUUGCAGGUGCAGUUUGGAUUCAAACUGCUUCUCCAAAGGUGCUCACUGUCUAUGUUGAGCUUUAUAACGUCAGGUGAUUGACAGGUCGGCAGCCCCACCCACCUGCCAUAGUUGGUUUACAGGGUGUGUGUAGGAGAAUGAAAGAUCUGGCAUGCCCGUCAGAUCCAAUUCCUUGCUCCUGCAGUAGCAUCCUGGGCACACCUGUGAUGCAGCUGAAAGCUCAGCACUUCCUGUGCCAACCACAAGAGGGCAGCCUUUCCUUUAAAACUGGUCACCUUCUUUUCAUAAUGGUUUCUAAGAACUACAGUGAGCUUUAAUCCUAAUGUUGCAAUCAAUAGCCUUUGGGGAUUAAUGAGUGUUUGCCAAAUGUUGUGCCUUGAACAAAAGCCUGGCAGGUAAAAAUUAAGCAGGCAGACUUAUCCCCUGCCACCAGGUCCAUGACGGGCAAAGCUUUCUGCUCGCAAGGCUGUGUUAAGGGCUCUGAGGGAUAUCUCAGUCAGUAGAGCAUGAGACUCUUAAUUUCAGGCAAAAGAUUCCUGCAUCACAGGGGGUUGGACUAGAUGACCCUUGGGGGUCCCUUCCAACUCUACAAUUUUAUGAGCCUAUGAGACAGAAGAAAUCGGGGACUCUAAGAUGAUACCUGAGCCUUACUUAAAGCUGCAGUAUAUUUUACAGAUAUAUUAUUAGGAACACCCUCCAAUGCUAAGUCAGUUGAGCAAAGUGUAUGGAAAGGUGCCCAGCUUUUAUGUUUGGGAGGUGUUUUUUUAAUCCUUUAGAAAACACAUAAACUGCUUGAUCAAAAAGGUUCUCCAAAUAAAAUUGGUGCAAAACACAGAUAAACUCAGCAGUCCAAUGAAAGACAAACAUACCUGAAACCAUCAUCAUUGAAACAAAUAUAUUUUAAAGACCCAAAUCUAUGGAGAGCCAUCAUCAUUAAAAUCAAAGAUAAAAACGAAUAAAGCUUUUAAAACACCUAGAGGUAUCUAGAUUGCAUAUCUAGGUACAAAAAAAGUUUUCAGCAAGUGUCUACAAAAAUAUAGUUAGGGGGUAUCUGUCUAUUGUCAAACUGGGAAUUUUAGGAACAAGGCAGAAGUUGCAGGAGUCCAACUAAGUCUGAGGUCUUAUCCACACUUACCUUUUGCCUCACUCUUUCUAGGCACAGUUCUGCGCUCAAAAGCUCUGUUUCUUGUGGGUUCCCCAUCCCCCCCCCCCCCGUGGAUUGCCAUUUGCUCCACUUUACCUUUAAGGAGUGGAUUUUUGCAGGGAAAGCUCUGGAGCAGGAUGGGCAGCACUCAGAGCAAAGCACACUCUGUGCCUGGAAAGAACAGAGGAAAGUUAAGUGUGGAUAAGCCUUUACUCAGAGUAAGCCCAUUGAAAACUAAUGGACCAAAGUCAGUCAUGUCCAUGAACUACAGUGGGUCCACUCUGUGUAGGACUAACUUUAGAUAUGACCCUGCUUUAAGGAACUUCAAGGGAAAGAGAGUUCAUGAAUAGAGGUUUCAUUUAUACCUCUUGCUAGGAUUGCUUCCUGAGAGGGGAAGCUUUGUGCCUUUUAAGUAGCUGCAAUCGCUGGCAGAGGUUCACCAGGUCCCAUCAGCACAUUCUCAGGAGCUCUUGUCAGAAAAAGACGCAGAGAACCACACUAUUGCAGGGUAAGGGGUGGUGAAGGUGAACCAAACAGUUUAAAACAAAUGGGCUUUCAUUUGUAAAGUGUGUAUUGGGGGGGGGGGGUUGCAUCCAUAGUGGUGCUCAGUCACAGUUCUGCCAGUACAAAGAUUUAUGUUUGUACAACAGGACUUUCCCCUCUGCUCCCCCUCCCCACGCAUCCUCUACUAAACUUGUUCCAGGGGUUUCCCCAACCCUCUGAAGAUAGGGAGGAGAGGGUGCAGGAUGUGUGUGGGGAGUGGGGGAAAGCCCCAUGGUGUAAGUGGAAAUCUUCACACUAGCAGGACACAUUAAUUGGAUACCCCGCUUUAUGCUCAGGGAAUAUGUUUCUUUCCUGUCUAUUAUGAUGCUUUAAAUGUGGAUCUUCUUGCAUUUUUCUAUUUGAUCUUCAGCAGCAAUGUUUCAUUUUUAUAUUUGGCCAUGUUUUAUUUUAGCAUAUUAUAAGAUUUUAGUUGAUGUUUUAAAGUAGUAAACUACUUGGGGUGGGGGCAGAGAAUGUGAAGUGGUAUAGAAAUGAUUGAAAUAAAUAAUAAUACAUAAAUGUGUUUCUCUUUCCUAUCCCCACCCCUUAACCCAUUCCCUGGCCAGGCAACAUAGAUCACAGUGCUCUGUCAGAAGCUGCACUGAACUUGAGCCAAACCCAGCUGGAGCACUUGCAGUCAAACCUGGCGGGAUCUGGUGCCCUGGGCCAGCAGCUGAGUACCUUGCAGCAUGAGGCUGAAACCCAGAGGGAGAGGAUCGAGGCCUUCGAGAGGGACUUGGCGGAGAUCCAGAGCGACAAGCAGAACCUGGAAUCCAUCCUCCAGAGCCUGCCCAGCAGCUGCUCCAGCAGGAAGUGACACGGUCUCCUUAAACGUGCUCCAGAGCACCAUCCCUGGCAGCGCAAGGAACUGAAGGCUUAAGGAACAUGGCGCGGAGGGAGGGAAAGAUGCAUGAAGGUCCAUACCAUGGAGAAAAUGUCAGGAUGUAAGAGGGAUUUGAUUCAGUUCACAGUUAAAGGCAAAUCUACCCCACUGAGCUUUCUGAAACAAUAUGCAAACUGAAACACAGCCACCCUUCCAAAAUUCACACUUCUCCAAGCUUUGCAGUGCAGUUCUCCAGCCAAGUAAUGUGUACAGAAAUGCACAAGUAUGGGAGUAAAGUGUGCCUAGGAAUGCAUGUACAGUAGUACCCCCAGUUACGUAACCCUCUGGUUUCGUAAACUUCGGGAUGCGAAAGCGGCAAACCCAGAAGUAUUUGCCCAGGUUUUGCCGCACGCACGUGUGCAGAAAUGGUCCUCAGGUUGCAGAAACUUUGGGAUCCUACCGGACCUCUGGAACGGAUCCCGUCCGCAACCAGAGGUACCACUGUAUUGGUGAAAAUAACAUACAGCAAUGCAUUGUAUUAGGGAAGAUUAGUUUGCAAAAAUGUGCAUGUUAGGGAGAAAUUUGUACUAAAAUGCCAAUGAGCUUUUCACAAGGACUUUAAAAUAAAUUGCAGACUGGUGUGGAAAUGCGGAGAACUGAACUGGAAGAAAGAGAAAGGGAGAAAAUCCAAAAUUGCCAGAUCCGUCCAUUUCCUAAGGAGAUGUUCCCAUGGACAGACAUUGACAAAUGAGUCUAAGGGGGGGGGGGGGGCAGAACAGAAUGUUAUGUAAGUUUAACAGUGUACAGAUGAUAGCGUUGAACACUGCAAAUAGUAUUCAAAUUCUUUUAUGAAUUUCACCAUUGUCCAGUCAUUGUCCUUAUAGUUGGUAUGGUUUUUUUGCAGCAAUAAGUAAAACCUUAAACAAAAUAUAAAAAGUUUAAAUCCUCAGGAAGACAAGUUCAGUGGUGUUUCUGUACAUCAUUUCUGGGACUCUGCCAUUGUCUUAGGUCAAAACCAGUUUUGCAUGUCUUUAUAGAGCUUCAGACUGUGUUGUGGAAAAGCCAAAAACUAAUGCCCUAUAAAUGCGAUAAACACUUUUGUCAUUAAAUGGUGGACAUCUAAUGGAUGGCACACAUGGCAGAUAGUACAAUUUCUUCCAGUUCCUAUGCUUGCAGUUUUGGAGCUGUUUUUACAGAUUUUCACUCUUUUCCUCCCUACCCUCUGCCUCAAAACAUGUAGCCCUUAAAAAGGGAGUAAAAAUGUGCAAUUUCCCAUAGCCAUGGAAUUGACUGAAACAGAAGUCGCGUGAUUGACUGAACCUAAAUAUGCCAUGCAACCUGGUCUAGUUUAUUUCCACUGCUCCAUUGAUUUAGAGUUGGGGUGUGGAGGAAGCAGCUGCAAUAAAGAAGGAUGGGGAGAACCCUCUUCAGCAAGUCUUCUUCCCUUUCUUCCCAUUACCUUGUCAAAAUAUCAGUUCCUUAGAUCAGAGCUAAUGACACAGAAGUGGUGAAAAAGAAGAUUCACCCAUUGCUUGGCGGAAAUAACUGUCUGUAAACAGCCUCUGCCAAUCCUUUUCCACCCAACAGUUCACUUCGCCACAGAAUUUCUGCCUGCAAUGGAGGCUGGCUAUUUGGGUGAAUGGGACUCUGCCCAACCAACCUCAGUCGGCUCCCCACCAGACCUCACUUGGCUGCAUUUUUCCUUGCCUCCAAUCCAGCAGUUGGCUCUUCCUGUUUUGGGUUUCUCUUCAGUUUCAGUGUUGCCCUUGUAUAAUUCUGCAGGGAGAAAGAUGAGGGAAGUACUAGAAUUAGCUGGCUCUGUCUGUUAUUGACUCUGGCUCCACCUUGUGUUGGGCUCCCUGCGUUCUGCCCUAGCAGUUGCAGUGGGCACCAGCCACCAUUUCUUCUCUCUGACCUUUUACCUGAGGACUCAGUAGUCUGACUAUAAUGCCAGCCUUUGCAGUCCACAGAUGACAAUGGGCCAUCAAAUGGGUUUCAAACAGGUGCUUUUAUUCCAACUAAUUUCUUUCAAAUGGAAAGCCUUUGUAAAUACAUCAUUUGGAAGAUUCUUGUCUUGGUUUUAAAAAUAGAGGACUUGAUGUUU